CUGGUGAAUACAUCAAAGAACCAUUUUCUUUUGGAUCUGGGAAAUGCUACUUUGAUGCCUGACGUCAAUGGCGAAUGUAGAACUACAGCUCCCACUUCAUAACGGGACGCCAAAUCGACUGUAGGCACGGUACCAAUACUUUGUCCGUACAAUAUAAUGUUUUCAGGACUAAUGCCGUAGCUUGUCCUUAACGUUUGCCAAGCAGCAUCUAUGUCUGCGUAUAAAUCCCUUUCGGUCGGCUUACCACUACUGAUGCCAUAACCGGAAUAAUCAUAACUGAAAAUGUUACAGUUGAUCCUCAUACCCAAGCCCAAGUAGAAGCUACUCAUUUGACCUAAGUCUACAGCGUUUCCGUGUGAGAACAAUAUGGUGUAACGAGCGUUGGGACAACACUGAACAAAUAUACAAGCUAUGCGAUUACCGCGAGAUGUCCGCGCAUAGAAUCCCUCGAUGUUCUGUACGUCGCUAUCCGAAUACUGCCAUUCGGCCUUGUCGUUGAACUUGAUAUGGUACUUGCUCUCACCACUCUCCACGGGAGUGAAGUCAUAAGUACUCGGCGGCGGUAAAAAAGCUAGUUUGGCGGCGAUUCGGGACGGCAACGGGGGACAACAAAAUAAGUACAUUAACUCGCUGAACGACAUUCCGUUCAUUGCAAACGCAUUCGAAUGGCAAAACGAAAAUGUGUAACAAAAAAGAAAACUGAAAAAUAACAAAAAAAAAAAAACAAACAAAAAGAAAUACAAUUAGUUGAAAAAAAAAACCGUAACAAUAAUAAUUGAUAAAAGUUUGAGAAUGUAAUAAUUUGUAAUUAUUAAUGUGAAUAUAAUUAUUAAUUGCAGCUAGUGCAAAUCCGGCAAAACGCGACUAAACGUACACCAGACACCUAUUUCCUAUGCCAAUACACUCGGGCGAAAAAUCAUUUCAAAAUAUCAAAACAAAAUUGUGAACCGUGACAUAGAACACGCAGGUAAGUCAGAAUAACUCUGAUACGCGCUAUAUGCAGCUACGUCACACCACCGCCUUAUCAAUGGCGGGCCGGUUAUUGCCGUGUGAACCCAGGUGACGUCGACAUGCCCGCGGAUAGAGGUGGCAAUAGCCGUUUCCUCCACGUCGCUCGGGAAUUCAUCCAUCUGUUCACCUUAUGCCCGUGGACCGUGGCCGUGCCGCGCCGUCGCGUUCGGAAUUUUAACAAUACUAUCAGGUGCAAAUACUUGUCUAUGGACAUUAUCACGCAGCAUUCGUUUCUUUAUAGGAAAUGUUAUAUUGUUUGCAGCUAUAUGAGUAUUAUUAUUAAACCUAACCGCCACAAAAUCCGAUCGGCGACAAUGUCUUUGAAAUCCGGCAGUUACUUAUCGCAGUAUAUUAUACGUAUAAUUACACGAACCUACUUUUGGGUCGACUAGACGCUAAUCAUAUUCGGGACCGAACUUUGGGCUAAGUGAGUUUGACGUUUCACUUUAAAUCCAAUUUCUUAUCAUGACCACCGUUCUAUUAUUCUAUUAUGAUAAUUCAUGGCGCAAUCGAGUGUAAAUGUCGUGUGUUGGAUGUUUUUUUGUGUCCGCAAUAAUAAUAUUUACACGUCAGUCUAGUGUGUCUAUAAAUGCUCGUGUUUUGUUACACAGCUGACGCUGGUGGACUCGGACUAUGCGUUUUCCGGUCUCAUGGCCGUACGUGAUUAUUAAUAAUUGUAAAUUAUUCCCAACACGACAUUCGCAGACCUUGUGUAGGUACCACCGCGGUCUACUUGCCGCCAAGUGCUAAAAUCGCACAAUAUACGAGGUCUGUGUGUAGAAACCUCUGUACUUUAAUCACGGUCUCCUGUUAUCACCGAGCUUCUUAUCACUAUAGACAUUUUUGACAACAAUAUUUAUAAUUGUAAUAAAUUGGCUUUUACACAAUAUCAACAAAAAAAAAAAAAAUAAUAAUAAUAAUAUGUUCGUUAUUCGUUGUUGACAAUUCGUUCCAACAUAAAGUAUUCCCCAAUCAAAAUACAAAUUGUUUCAUACGCCGUGAUUUUCGCUUCAAGACACAACAGGUAAUAUAAUUUAAAUUACGAAUACUCUAAUGGCUUAGUGUUGUCAAAAUAAUAUAAAUUAGGUAGGUAGGUAACAAUAACACGAUAUUUUUAUUGAAAUAUUUACUUGACAUUUUGUAUUUAAAGUAUGAUAACAAUUAUCUAUCUAUAAAAUGGUAUGCCUAAUUAGGUACCUGCCUACUAUAAUUAUUAAUUCAUUCCGAACCAAUUUAAUAUUUUUAAUUAAUGUUUUAAAUAUUACUUUUAUGAUAAUUCAAAUGUUUCGUCGUUUAAUUAAAAAUAAAAACUAGAUCUGUAGGUAUUCAAAGAUUGUACUACAUUGUACUACAGAUUGUAUACAUUCUUUAUGUGUCACCAAUGUCGUAAUUAAAAAUUAGUAAUUUAUUUAUUUAUCCACUUUAAAUAAACAUAAGAAACGAUACUUUUGAUUUUGUGAGGUAUUAGUUCCCCCUACAUCCUUUCUAGAUACGGCCUUGUUGAUAGGUACCUAUUUAUUCGUCUAAAAAUAUCGAUGUACAAAAUAAUAUAUUAGACAUAAGAUAUUAUUGAAGUUAUAAUUAAUAAUUUUAAGUCUGGAAACUGAUGUGGUAUGAUGGAGGAAGAGUGCAUAUAUCUACUCAAUACUGUAUUUUAUAUAUAAUAUUUUGUCUCCAUAAUAUUAUAUGGCGUAAUUUCGUUUAACUUCUCUUGGGACAUUUGCGGUACCAUAACCAUAUUUCGUACUGUUUUUAAAUUCAAAAGGUAUUUUUAAUGAUAUUAUUUAUCUUCGAGGUCAUGCAAGACAAAAAGCUUUACAGAUAAAUAAUAUAUUUUCUAUAUAUUUAUAAUAUUACAUUAUUGAUACACAGUGUACAUAGGAGAAAUGGCGCAAUUUAGAAUUUAUUUCUGGUUUUAGAGGGGGGAUAUAAAUGCACUGCGCGCUAGAUAUUUAUUGUAGUGGGGAGGAAUUACUCCUACGAAAUACGUACAUGUUUUAUUUAUCUUUAUAAAAUAAAUAGUUUGAAUAUAGUUUUAUUUUUGAAAAAAUACUAUACUCUAUACAUCGGAGAAAGAUAUAUUUUCAAAAGUUGUCUACAGACAGAAAAAAUAUAAAAAAACCUUAUAUCAUAGUAAAAUCAAUAGGUCUCUUGCUACGCUCCGAAUCUAAAAAAAGUUUAUCUUUUGUUCUUGCUUUUACAUCGUAUUUCUUUGUAGAAAAUUUGCGCCCUGAGGGAUGUGGUCAGAUGCGCCCGAUAGAUAAGGUACUCCUUGCCAAUGUAUAGCCUGUAUGCGUCGAUUUCGCAUACAACGGUAACGUUAUAAUUAAAUGCUCGUGUUUUUUUUUUAAUGUAACGCCAACUUAUGUAUCCCAAAACCAAAUUUCUACUGAAGUGGAUUUUAAAUUUACAAAAAAAUUAAACAUUGAUUGUUUUUAGUAAUACUUGUUUUUUUAAAUAUUUUGUCCAUUUUUAUACACGUGAAAUUUUCGUUUGUCAUUUGUGUAACGUUCCUAUUGCUCAAAGCAUUCGCAGAAAGAACUGUCAUGAAGCGCAAUUGAGAUAAAAUUGACCAAUAUAUCGAUACUAAUAUCGAUAAGGGUGUAACAUAAGACCUAAAAAUGGUUUGGAUCGUGGAUCCUAAACGUUCUUGUGUUCUUAGUUUUCUUAAUAAAUCGUAUUCGCAUAAAAUAACUUCAGUGAUUUUAAGUGAAAAAAAAUAAAAUUUUAUUUAAUAUAGAUGGAUUCAAAUUUCGUUAUCAUAAAAUAUCGAAAAACGAUAUUCAACGUUAAAAUUGUACAAAAACGUGUAAGUCAUACAUUAAACUAAAUGAUAAAAAUGAAAUUAUAGUACGUACAAAUGAUCAUAAUCAUAUCUAAGAUUCUGCUGAACUAUUUAAUAGACAGUAACUAAGUAAUAAUUUAAAGUGAAAGGCUGUAAAAAAACUUUACGAUAAACUAUCCAAACUUAUUCAUGGAGCUUUAUCAAGAGAUAUUCCAACAAUGACAACUUAUGAUUUAACCUUAAUCUGUAAUAAUAUACAUUACGCUAGGUCAUCUACAAUUCCAAAACUGCAUCGCAAUUUACCAUAAUUACAUAAUAUAUAAAAUGGGAAGAACAAUAAUGUUUUUACGUUGGGACGCAAUUCGUGUACACCGCUAAAAAUAAUACGAUAAAAGGUUAGUCCGUAAUUUAUUGUAUUGUAUCGUAUUCCAACAUACAGGUCGGCAAUGUUGCAUGGUUUUAACGCAUUUUUACUAAAAAUAUUUUGGGCAUAAAUGGGCUAUAAAAAAGGGGCUCAUACGAAUUGCCUCUCGUGAAUUUUUUUUUAAAAUGGUUACUCGAAUUGCCUCUUUAUUUCAAAAAUAUCAUUCACUCGAAUUGCCUCCUAUUUUAGGUAGUAACCUUUUUGUAUCGGAAUCGAUUCUUAUUUCGAUUUUUUUAAAACUAAAAACAAUUUUACAUAGCUAGGCAUUAGGUACACGGCAUUAGUACACGGUAUUAGGUAAUAAGUCGAUAUCAAAAAAUUGUAUUGUUUCAAAAUUUCACGUAUUAAAAAACAAACAAAAAACAAUUUAGAUGAAAUAGUAUUAUGUUUUUCAGUACCAAUACAACAGUAAUUAAUAGUAAUACAAAAUAAUAAACAAUCAAUAAAUAAAUAUCAAUAUGUUUUAUAGUCAAAAAUAUAAAUUUAAAUUAGUUAUAUUGUAUGUUUCCGAGGUUUAAAUUUAUUUGCUAACACUUUUAAAUAUAGAAAUUUUGAAAUUUCAUUCCUGUUUAAUUUAUCAAUUAAGUUUUAUUUUUGAACAUUACGGAAAUAAAUAUAAUAAUAGGUUUAUAGGUGCUUAUGCCCCCCUCUCCUCUAUGAAAUAUGAUACCUCUGCAUAGUGACAGUGUUUAAGACCAAGCAUUAACUAAUGUAUUAACUAAUUAAUAGGUAAUUAAUAUAAACUGUAAAAUAUGAUUAUUACCUAUAAAACGCGUUGUCAAUAAAAAUUUAAAAAAUUCCUAAAGUUGACAUUGAGAUUUAUAUAAGAAUUCGUUACCAGUUAUUUUAAGUUAAUACCUAUUAUUUUUAGAUUCUGAGUGGAGUGAGGAAUGUAUUGGUUUUACAAUGUUUCUUUUUUUUAUUUUUUUUUAUGUGAACAUUUUUUCUACCAGAAAGCUUACUCUGUUUAUCAAGUAUAGCACAUUUUUUUGAAAAGAAAUCUUCUCUGGGUGGUACUUUAAUGAGGUCUUUUUUAAAAUGCUCAUUAAUAUUCGAGAUAGUGAAGAAACCCUGGUUUUUUAGGUUAAAAAAGAUUGAAAGAUUAAAAAUAACGUUGCCAUAGGCAACUGUUUUUAUUUAUUUUUUGUUAUUAUUAAAUUUGUAUUAUUUUAAUAAUAUUUUUUCAACAAUCAUUGUUGUCAUGGAAAUGCAUAUUGUUGUAACCAUUUUAUCAUAAUAUGACUUUAUAUAUAGUUGACAAAGUAACACUUUUUUCAUUUUUUCGUUAGCAAUGGUUUAUCGUUACCUACAGAUAUACAUUCAAUUUCCGUCUGUAUCCCAUCUUCCUAACUUCCCACCUAUAAAAAUGGCUGCACCCGCGUGCGAAGUAUGUUCAUCCUUUUUUUGUUAGUUCUUAUUUAAGAGGGCAAUAUUUUCGCGAUAACCUUAACACUACGUAAAACAAAAUAUUAUGCGAUAUCGUAUAUAGAAAUAUUUUAUCAUUUUGAAUUAACCACGGAAUUAUUAUUACUACCUACUAAAGUACUUAUAAGUACUAUUUAUAUUUAUUAAACAUAUUGUAUCAGAACUAAUCGUUUACUGCUUCGUCUGUUGUUUUUAAUGAUGAUCGGCAUUAUUUUUCAAUCGAGUUAAUAUUUUUAAUAAUAUUUGGCGAAUAUGCUAUUCAGGCAGAUUUUAUUUUUGCAAUUUUACCAAAAAAUGUCCCAUUUUAUAUUCGAAUAGUUUAUAAUGAGAACAAAAUGUUUAACGUGUUCUAAUAAUAUAAACCAUUAAUGUAGCGAAUUGACAAUUAAAUCACUAUAGUAUAAUCCUUAUUUUAUUAAUAAUCUAUAAUUUGUAAAGACUACUAAUAAUUGCAUUAUGUUAAACUGUAUGACAGACGUCCGCCAUCUAUGUAAUAUGAUGAAAUAAAAAUAUUAUAGUAAAUCAAAACAAUUAAGAACACAUUUGAAAAAUCCCGCAAUGUCGCAGCAAUAUUGAUAAACCAAAAUCACUGCUGAGUAAUUCAAGUAGUUACAUCUGAUUUUCUGAUCGCUACACCUAAAAUUAUAAAUAAAAAAAAGUACGUUUAACAUUAUUUAUUUUAAUCGCCUCGUAAAUGAAUUAUAAUAAUAAUACUAAUAAUAAAAAAACCGACAUGAUAAUAAUAUCGAUGUUUCUUUUAUAGUUUUAUCCAAUUAAUAUUAAUUGAAUUAAAAAAAGAAAUCGAUUAGACUUGUAAACAAUAUAUUGAAAUUUGGUUUGAAUUUUUUUUGUAGCCUAUUAUAGGUGCCUAUAUAAAUAUCAUAGGUACCGUAAAUAUUUUGUUUGUUUUAAAAUUUGUUUUAUUUAUAAUUUAAAUCGCUACGCGUGAAUUUGUAUUUUCACCAAGACUUGGUGGCGUAAACAAAAUAUUUGUUUCUAUAUGAUAUAAACAAUCUAUAUAAAUUUAUUUAAAUACAGGUAAAAAUAAAUACAAUUUACAAUUAUUUAGAUAUGAGAUAAAGAUAGUCUCAAUUUUUUUUUAUAUUAAAUAUAAAUAAAAACUGAUUCUUUACCGAUUUAAACUUCAUAAAGGAACUAAUAAUGUCUAAUACAUAUAAUAUUUAUUAAUUAAUGGUUUAUAGUUAUUUAAUUAUAUAUAUUUAGUUGUAUACUUGCUUUGUACCAACCUUAGUUAAUUUGUUUUAAUUUAUUUGAAUAAAGUAUACUUAUUUAUAUAAUUCCACUAUUAUCAAGAAUAAUACAAUUUAUAUGAUUAUAGUUUAUUGUCUUUCUUCAAAAACAAUAAUAAGAAGAAAAAAAACACACAUCUUUAUAAUAAUAAAAAAAACUAUUUAUUAAAUACGUUAUGACUUAUAGUGUAUGUAUGUAAUCUAUGGAUAAUAUAUAUAAUAUUAUUAUAAUAUAGACUAUAAUCAUAUAGUUAAAAAAAAGUCAAAUUAAUGAAAACUGAUAUAUUUAGUUUAUUUAAUGUAAUUCAGUUUAAAAUAUCCGUAGAGACUUGAAAUUUUGAGAAAAAUCUUAUAUUUGCUUUUUCUAGACGUGGUGAAAUUUUCAAAAAAUUAGAGUCAUUUUCGAACUCAGUAUAGACAUUUUAAUUCAGCGAGUUUAGUGUGUAUAUUUUAUUUGGUAGAUACUCUGUGGAUACAACUGUUAGACUAAACAGAAAUGCUUGAAAAUUUAACAAGAGGUAUAUUAUAAGUCGUAAUUAGUGGUCAAAAAUAAAUUGAGAUAUGUAGUAGGUAUAUUAUUUUUUGUGUAUAAGAAUUUCAAAUCUAAUUCUGAUGAAAAUCUUAACUAUGACGGCCUUUCAAAACAUGUAUAACCAAACCUCUCUCCGAAUCAUUUUUCUUUAUCAAUGAUUUAAAAUUAAAUAACUAUAUGUAUACCACCUUCCCAACUAUCCAUUUACAACAGUGGCUUUACCUAUCCCCAGUAUCUAUUUGCAGUUAAUGCUAAUUUCUUCCAUUCUUCCCUGUUAUAUAAAUGAUUUAGGUCUCUAUUCCAUUCUUAUCUCAGAUUCAUUAUAUCUAAAUCACUACAUCACAUCCAACCACCGUUCUUUCGGUUGAGCACUUGGUCUUUUCUUAUUUACGAGUACUAUUUUAAUUAUUUAUACUAUUUUCGGCUCCCCAAAUGUGGUCUGCUCAAUCCAGUUUUGUUUUGCACCCCUUAUAAAUUGUACUAUAUUUCCUUUUUGUAAAAUUGUUUCAGCUUUUCGUUUGUCUUUUGCUUCCAAACUUGAAUAUCAGGGUUAUACAUAUGUUCACAUAUUUUUCUUAACACUCUUAUAUAAAAAAUAUUUAAUCUACUAUGUUUUUAUCUUCUGAAGUUGUAGUCCAGGUUCUUCACUCAUACAACACAGCUGGUCUGAGAUCGUAUAAUAUAUUAUUGCCUUGGUUUUAUUUGAAAAUAGUUUUGACUUAAACACGUGUCAUGGCAAAGUAACAUCUAUUUCUAGUUUUCAAGCGAAGUUAUAUAUACAGUUAUACAGUUUCUGUUAUUUAUAUUAAUCCCAAGGUAUUUGAAGUUUUGUACUUGUUGAAUGGAUAUUCCAUCAACUUUCAAGUCUAACUCGUCUUCAUCAUCUCUUAAAUGUAUAGUCAUAUAGGUAAUCUGUUUUAGACUUUUUCCUCCUGAAGCCACAUUGAUAGUUCCUAGUUAUGUGCUUCAUGUCUCUUACAUUCUUCUUAAGAUGAACAAAGACAAUAUCUUGUACCCUACUUAUAAGAAUAAUAUAUCUAGUUUUUCAUCCGCCUUGAUAAGAUUAGGUUGGGCAAAUAAUUGUUAUUCCUCAUUCAACCGGAAUUUUCUCUUUAUGCUUUAUGAAAGAUAUAAGUUUGAUUAUUUCAUUAUAGUGGCGUGCUAAAGGGGGUAAUUAAGAGGCGGUCGCCUCUGGAGUUUUUUAAAGGGUUUACUUCUAUGGCAAUUUUGAAAAAAGCGAUAAAAAUUCGGUGUUGAAUCUCCAUGUAUAUUAGUCAAUGGGUGGUUCGUUGAUUCGUCAAUAGGUAGGUGGGUAUUGGAAAAAAAUUCUUGCCUCUGAAAAUAUUUAAGUUCACUGUUUCAUUAGCUAGACUAGGUCCUCCCAGCUUUAGCGAUUCUCCGUAUAUUCUGUCUUCUGCAGCUUUAUUAUUUUUAAAUGACUCAACGACUAUACCUAUUUCUACUCAAUACGGCUUUUUCAUUUUCCACACUGUGGUUGAGGGUUCAGUUUCGUCAUCAUCUAACCCUAAUCAUUGGAUUCACUAUUCAAUAGUUGAUUAAAAUAUUCUUUGUAUUCGUGCGAAUAUCCUUUAUUAUAUUUUUUUAUUUUAUGUACGAUUAUUGUUUGUAAGUAUACAUCGAAUUGUAUUGUUACGUGUUAAAAUAUAGGUUUAAGUACCGACAAAUUGUAAUAUUGCAUAGUUUCUUAAUAUUGAGGAACCUACUCGAUUAAUUUAUUAUUUUACUUAUUUCACUAUAAUUAUAAUUAUUCUGAAGUAUACAUUUUUUAAAUUUGCGCUUUAUUCAUUUGAAUUUGAUUUAUAAAUUUAUUGUAUGGACAUCUUAAAUUAAUAUCUUGGUAGUGACUCAGCGUGUAAACGAUAAUUAUUUUGGAUUAAUAUAAAAAUAUAAUUCGAUUUCUAGUUUAUUAUAUGUAAAAUAUUAUACUAUUUUAUAAUUUUACUGUUGUCAGUUACUAUGUUAUAUAAUACGACAAAAUUAAUAAUCUAGUCAUCUUCAGUACUCCACGAGUACUGGUUAAUUAUGAGUUUGUUGGGUUCAAAACUCAUGAACUGAAUGUAUAAUUAUAUAAUCUGAAUAACGAGCUUAUGUUUUAAAUUAUAUGUUAACUGGCAGUACUAAAAAAAAAAGAAAAACAAUAGUUUCUAAAACUUAGGUUAUAAAUCAAAUCGAUAUCCCUAAAAUAUUUUAAGAAAUUAACAAUUAACUCGUUGCAUAUUAACACGUUUUUUUAUUACGUAAUUUUAUUUAUCGUUAUAGACUCUAUUACACUAUUUUUGUGGAAUCGUUUAAAUAUUGUUUUAUAAUUUCUUUUUAAAUUCAAUUUCUUUACAAAUUUAGCUCAUAUGAGAAUAUGUUAAAUAAAAAAAAAAUUAUUAAUUUUAAAUUAUUUAGUUUAUGUUAUAUAAUUAGAUACUAUGUUAUGCAUUAUUUCACUAGUAAGACAGUUGUUGUGACAACAGAAUGGAUAAUAAUUUGUAAAUUUUUGUAUAACAAUGUAGAUAUCUAAAUUUAUUUUAUCAAAACGACGAAAAAAAUAAUCUAUACAUCAAUAUUAUACUUUCUGUGCAUUACGUGUCCGAAUCAUUGUAAUAUUUGUAACCCUUAUUUGACCUUUUAUGAAACCUAUGACUGGGGCAAUACCUAUAAGAAUACAUAAUUUCUCCUGUAAUUACAAUUACAUUAUUAAAUGUAAUUUAAUUACCUUCUCUACCGUUUAGAGUUAAUAUCAAAUUUUGGGAUAAAAAUCACCCGACAAAUUUUACUUUCUUAAGUUCUGAAUAUUUUAUCGUUCUAGUAGUGCAUGGAUAUAGGGGAUAUAGUCUUUAUUAUUACGUAUACAGUCUACCAACCUAUCAAAUUUACUAUCUUAGUUUUUUUAGAUUAUGAGGGAAGUGAGGAAUUUAUUGUUUUUACAAUGAUAUUAUUUAUUUUCAUUUUUUUUUAUACUGUGUACAAAAUUUCUACCAGAAAUCUUGUUCCGAUGUAUCAAGUGUAGCAAUUUUUCUGAAAGGAAAUUUUAUCUAGUAAGUUAUUUAACUAGGUUAUUUGAUUUAGAACUAGGUUUUCAUUUUCCAAGCGAUUUUCAUAAUAAUUGGGAAAAAAUGUAGGAAAACGGACAAAUAUUUAUGGUGUAACGGUUUCAUGAUUUUACAUUUUUGUAACUUAUUUUCUACUAAAAAUCGUGCUUCAGUCAAAAAAUGACAAAACUUCUUUUUUUACCAAUUUUGGAUCUAGUAUCUCUCAAAGUAUUUUUUUAAAUUUUCCUAGUAGUUUUCAUAAAAAUUAGGAAAACCGGAGAAAAACAUAAAAUGAAAAAAUGAAAAAUGUAUGGCGUUACGACUUCAUUAUAUUUGAUUGUUAAUUUUUUGUUUCUAACCAGAAACUUUGCCCCAAUAGAAAAUUAAUAAUUGAUGUUUUUUGUUGCAUUUUUUAUCUUGUUGGUAAAUAAGAAAGUCAUUUUUCGAUUUUCCCAAUAUUGUUUUUAAUAAUUAAACAAAACUAAAAAUAAAGAGCUAAUACUGGGGAUGGGAGCGGCCACUCUUGUAGGUGGGAAGUUGUGAAGGUAGGAUACAUAAGGUUAUUUCAAUUAUAUCUGUAAGUAACGAUAAACCAUUGCUUAACGAAAGGCGAUUUUGAGCGCAGUUGGGUAAUAUAUAAUUUGAAGAGCCGUAAUUUUUUUUACGAUUUUCGUUUAAAUUUGAUUUCAAAACGCUGAUAAAAAAAAAGUCGUUGAAUGAUUUUGGAAAUUUUACCAUGCCUAGGUAAGUCCAAUAUAAAUAUUAUAACCAAGUUUCAUGUCUCUACGUGUAUUUAUAACCGAAUUACAGCAAAAACCUCCUAAAAAAUAAAAUUCCUUAAAAACUUAAAAGUUUUGGCAAUGACACGAUAAGAAAGUAAAUUAAGAAUACAACAAAAAAAGUAUCUUGUGAUUUUUCGAUUAAAUUAUUUUUUCUGGUAGAAAACGUCGUUUGUGUUUUUAUAAAAUAAUGAAAUCCUGAAAUUGUACGUUUUCCUAUGAUUUUUCUCACUUAAGUGCUUUUAUUUAAGUCAAAAAAGAAAAUCAGAAAAUUAAAAAAUGACCUUUUAAAGUAAAAUCUAGACAACUUGAGCUUUCAGAAAAGUUGCUAAACGUAAAAAUUGGAGCAACUUUAUUAGUAAAAAACGUGUCCACAGGCUAAAAAAAAAAAAAAAAAUUUUUAGAAAACCAACUCGCUAUGCUCGGAAUCUAAAAACGUAAAACGAACAGGAAAAUUUACGAAAAUAUUGAUUUUAUUAUUUUGUUUUUUUUUUUUUUGUUAAUUAGUUAAAAAUAUUUGUAGAGUUUUUAAAUUUAGCCAAAAAACUUAAUUUGCCUUUUUUUGACGUGAUAAAAUGUUCAAAAUGUUUUAGCUAUUUUUAGGCUGUUAUAGAUAUUUAAAUUUUGUGAGUUUUUACAUAAUUUUUAUAUGGUAGGUAUUCUGUUGAUAAAAUUGAUAGAAUUAUUAAAAUCGGAGGAGGAUUUCUGGUAGAAACUUUAAACACAGUAAACAAAAAAUAAAUGUCAUUGUAAAACCAAUAAAUUUCUUGCUUCACUCAGAGUCUAAAAUUGAAUUAAAUGGAAUAUUUUUUUAUUAAUAACAAUUUUAAUAUCAAAUUUUGACGAAAAUCGUUUUAGCAAAAAAUUAUGCAUCAUAAUGUAUGACUAUUGAAAAUUAUAGAAUUAUAUUACUAUAAUAUGACAUAGUAGAAUAUACUGUUGAAAACGAAACAAUAUUGACCAAGAUCCGUUCAGAGUCGUUUUUCGUUAGCAAUGAUUAAUCCUUGCGUAUAGAUUCACAUUGAAUUCCCCUCUGUAUCCUAUCUUUUCAAAUUCUCACCCACAACAGUGGCUUAUCCACCGUGCGAAGUGUGGUUUUUGUUUUUAAUAUUAUGUUUUGUAGAAUUAUUGAAUUACAAUCAGAAAAUAUCAAAAAAAAAUCGUAUUGUCCAUAAUUUAAAUUAAAUAUUUUUACUCAGUUGAGUAUGAAUUUAUAUUUUGUGUUGUAUUUUUUAUUUAUUUGUUACAAUAUCCCAUAAUAGAAGUUAGGUUAUACCUUUUUACGAAUUACAAUAACAACAUUACGUAACAACAGUAUAAUAGCAAACAAACUUUUUUUUAAAUAUUUUAUUUAUAGGUAAGUGUACACAUUUUUUUAAAACUGUACUGUUGUACAUAAUAAAUAAUGUUAAUGAGUUUAUGACAAUUGAUUAUUCUAUACGCAUACAAAACUAUACAAAAUAUACAUGGAAAAAGUUCAUUAGUAAUUUACUUUAUUUGUUAUUGAUACUACAUAUAUAUAGCUAUAGGCAUAUAAAAUGUAUGAUUCAUUUUUCGGAAACGUUUAAUACUUAAUACUGCAGCCAAUACAUACCAAUUUAAUCCCUGUAAUUACAACAACAAAUAUUGCUAUAAAUACUGUAUGUAUACUCGAAUUAUAAGUACUUUUUAGUAUUUAUAUUAUAUAAUUGGUACUUGUUGAACUAAUCGUUUAUUUUUGGAGAUUUUAAAGCACUUCUAUCAAAAGCGUUCAAGAUCUAUCGAAGAUAUUUAUUUUUUUUAAAUAAUAAGGUUUCAUUUACCGCAAUUAGCAUGUUAUAAUUUAUAUAUAUUUUCAGUUUUUAGUUUUUUUUUUCGAACGUCAGCUGUAUGGUUUUAACACGUUAUUGUCCGCGACGCCAAAUUAUUUUCUGAACAUUUCAGUGUACAAAUAUCGAAUAUUGAACAAUUUUUUAUUAAUUUACUAUUUAGAUAAGGAAUGUAGAAUAACAGGACAAUAAUACUUUAGUACACUACUCCGCACACUUUUAAACUUUCUUUAUAUAUACUGUAUUAUACUCAUCAAGUUCAAGUUUUUUAAUUUUUUUUCCCAGCUGACCCAUAUACUAUUAUGUAUGGAGUACUUUUGACAGAAUCUGUAUCUAACCAAAUGUCAUUGUUCUAUAUAUGUAUAAUGUAUAUAUGCGUACAAAAAUAUUAUAGUUCAAAUUGUGACGUUAAAUUUAUCGUUCAGUUUUGGGUAAGACGGAACUUUUUUUUAGAUUGUGACCCACUAACAAUAAGUACCUGCUCAUUAUAAUGUUAAUAUUUUGAGAUACUUACUACGUAAAAAGUCCUUCUUCUGUAUCUACUAAAUAUUCACUUCAUAUCCUACGACCAUGAUAUUAUCUAUUAUAGAACAAUAAUUGAACUUUUUGAGUGUUUUUAUCGAUAUACUAUAAUAAUAUUAUAAUGUGUAAUGUUUUUCUACGAUAACUUGCCAUUUACGCAGGUGAAACAAAAAUAAUUAUUUAUAGUGCACUUACACUAUUACAUUAUCAGUGCUCGAUCAAAUAACAUAAAAAAAGUUUGCCUUCUUAAUAAACAAAUUUAAUAUGGAAUCAAACUCAAAUAAUUAUUGACAUUACCUGCAAUAUACAUACUGUUAUAAUAUACUCGCGAUUAUAAAUAUAAGAAUAAUACUAGGUACAUAGUAUAAUAAAAGUAACAAGUUUUUCAUAAAAUGAACUUAAGUUAUAUUUUCUUUGGUUAUAUUAUAUUUUACAUAUAUACCUAUGAAAACCUUAUAAUAUAAUGUAAUAUAAUAUAAUACAAUAGAAUAUUAUCUUAUACGAUAAUUUUUAUUGAUUUCAAAUAUACCUAUGUGGUAAAACUCAUGUUUAUAAGUUUAGUUUAUAACUUAUAAGUUUGAGUUAAUAUUUUAAUAAUAUCAAAUAAUUUAAAAAAAAAUCAUAAUUUCUUUCCAUAUAAUAAUACGAGCAUGUGUUCAUAUAAAUAUUAUAAACUGAAUACGAUAAGGUUUCUAACUAAUUUUUUUUCUAUUAUAAUAAUAUAAUAUAGAUUAGUGUUUCUCAACCUUUUAACCGUCGUGACCCCUAAAUGAAUAUUUAACUUUUUAGCAACUUUUAAAUAUAAAUUGUAUGCAUGGUGACCCAAAAUUUUAUAUGUUUGGCGACCCUAAAUAAUUAGUUGGUGACCCCCCAGUUUGAGAAAUACUGGUAUAGGGUACUAUAUACGUACAUAAAGUAUUAUGAUAAAGAUUAUGAUGAUUUGUAUCCAUUUCAAUUUCCAACAACUUUUACCGUGUAUGUUAAUUGCAAAUUGAUUAUUUUUAUUCUAUUUUAAUAUUAAAAAAUACUAAAACGUGUUCGUCAACUGUGAUAUAAUAAUUAUUCAUAAUAUGUUAAUAAUAAAAAAAUUACCCGGAAUUUCCGAUUUUAGGUAUAGGUUGAUACUUAAAUCUGGUUAAAAGAUGAAUAUUUAAAUUUAAAAACAAAAACUCGUUAUAUAUGUUACUUCAAACUAUUAAAUGUCCUAAGAUAAGUACUUACUUAUUAUACUUAUUUAUUUUUCUGAACGUUAAUGGCUCAAAUUUGUUUCCACCAUACUCUUACCUCACGCAUGUACAUUAAGACUUUAUUCUAAUUUCAAACCCAUUGUACUGAUUAUCCCGUUUUCAUUUCUCGCAUACAUGGCAUCAAAAUUUAUUAUUUAAAUUAUUUGUCGGUGUUUUAUCACGCAUACACAAAUAUUGCAGUUACAAGGCAAAUCAUAUUAUUAUAGUUCAUCAAAACUCCAAUAUUAGCCAUAUUCUUAAGAGGACGUGACACUCGCGAGAUAUUAUAAGCAUUAUUAAAUUGUGAUGACAUACAUAUUUAAGUGCUCUUUAUUUUGUCAAUUUCAAUUUUAUUUUUUUAAUUAGAUUGCACAAAAUAGGCGGGUUUCCCGAAGGAAAUGUAUAAAUUGAUAAAAUAAGGACCACUCUAUGUACAGAGUGAUUUUUUUUUAUCAUGGACCAGUAAUAUUUUCCUAAUGAGUUUCCUAUUUGAAAAACAAAAGUAUGUACUUAUUUCAGAUAUAUAUAGUAGUGGUAAAUAUUUAAAAAUUAUUUUAAAAUAAAGCUUAAACUAUUGAUUAAUCACAGUAAUUAAAAAAACAAAAAUCAAAUUCACUUAAAAUCAUUCGAGAAAAUUGUUUAUUCAUGAUAAACAAUUUACUCUAUAUAUAUGUGUUAAGUGUUAAGUCAAAUUUUUAGAAUAAUAAAAAUAGAUUAUUAUAAUCAUAAACCAUUUAUGGAGUUCAUAAUUAAAAUAUUAUUAGUAAAUUUUUAAAAUUUCGUAUGACAUGCUCUUCACAAUUUACACUAUGUAACACUUGAUUAGCAACUGAUGCGGACUGAUUUUGUUGUAAGAUAAAUACUUAAGAAACAUAAAAAUAAAUUACUGGAAAUUACUAAUCGUUUUCGUUAUUUUAUAUACGCUUUAUACAGCCGUCCAUUUGUGAUAUCACACUUCAUUUCAAUUCACUAUAAUAUAUUUACUGUCGUAGCUAGUUCUGUUUCACAGCCAUAUUAUACAGGGUAAUCAUUUUAUCAUAAACCAACAAUUUUUGUGGUUUUAAGUGUCGGAAAUCAUCCUUUUGAUGUAAGACGUUCUUGGUCGUUCUCGAUUUCUUUUUCCAUUUAUAUUUCCUUCUGUUAUAAUAUACAGAAGCUCUUCUUCGUGUCUUAGGACAUGACCAAUCAUAUUCUAUCUUCUUUCCUUUAUUGUACUAAUUAUCUUUCUGGUUUCAUUUAUUUCGUUUAGGAUAUGUUCGUUAGUUCUUCUUUCUGUCCAGCUUACUCGCAACGUUCUUCUCCAGCAUCAUAUCUUGAAACUUUCCAGGAACUUUUGCUCCACUUUCUUCAAUACCUAUGAUUCGCAUCCAUAUAGUGUGACACUCCACACAAAAACUCUUAUCAGCCGUUUCUUCAUACUUAUGCUCGUGUUUUUGGAGCACAAUAGGUUUUUCUUGUUCAUGAAUGCCGUUUUAGCUUGAGCGAUCCUUGAUCUUACUUCCAUAGUACAUUUCCCAUCUUGGCUAAUUAUACUACCUAGAUAUCUAAAGCUCUUCACUUGGUCCACUUCACCUAUAUUAUGACGUAAAUACGUUACGUUUAUGUUUCUUUUAUGAAAAAUAUAAUUAUAAAUAUUAGAAAAUAAACGUUUGUAGGCUGUAUUCAUUUUUUAAAUUUUUGUUUUGGAAAAAGGGGUUUAUUUUAAGAUGAAAAUCUUCAUUCAUUUACUCUUCAUUCUCGCCGUAUUAAAGCUGAUGUCUCCUUCGCCUCUUCUCUUCUUGACGGGAUCAUCGAUGUCCCAGAUCUACUGUCAACCAUCUCUUUCCGGGUCCCGGCUACCUUCACCAGAACCCAUUCCUUGUUCCACGUGCCUCAAGACCGUACCUCUUAUGGGUUUAAUAAUUUCCUUUACCGUGUUUUGCGUUUAUUAAAUGCUGUUUAGUUUGGUCCUUUUUCACUUUUUCUCAAAGGUUUAUGUUUCCUCGCUGCUGUCACCCUUCCCAUCUAUAGUAUUAGUUAGUCUAAGAUCUUCAUGUACCGAUUUACUAGUAUUGGUGUUGUAAUAAAUAAAUAAAUAAAUGAUUUUUAUAAUGUUAUUAAAUAGAACCAUAUUAGAUUUUUGGUUGUACAUAAAUUUUCAUAUACUUUACUAUUCAAUAAAAUAUUAAUUUUUCUUUAACUACUAGUUACGUACUUCAACUACUUUAUACAUGUAAAUAUUUUUAUAAUUAAAUAAUUAAAUUAGUGUACGUAUUUAAAUUUAUUAUUAUAUAUUAGAAAAUUAAAAUUAAACAAUUCAUACGAUCAUACUAUCAUAGUUUUUGUUAAAAGUAUAUUUUAUAGAAAUUAAGUUUACUAUUUAAUUUUUGAGCCUCUUGAUGUACAUGAUAUUAUUUUAUCUUAUUGACGUAUAAACCGUAAUAUUAACUAUUUUUAUGUAAGUAAGUUCGUAAAAUGUAUUUUAUGUUUUAUCUAACAUGUAAAUUAAUUAUGUUGGUUUCAAUAUAUAAAAUAAUUUAAACAAAUCUCGAGUAAAGCGUUAAUAGUUGGGUUUUUUCAUAGGUGGUCUUUCGUGAGCUUGACUUAGCUUGACUAGUAUUACCUACUGAAAUUCUAAGUACACCAUUGGUAUAAAUAUUAAAAUUUAGGUACAUAUUUGAGUGUUUAUAAUCAAUUAAAUUAUAGAUAUUUGUUAUAGUAAUAACAGUAAUAACUCUAAGAUAUCUGAAAUAAUCGCCGUCUAACUAUAAACAAAAUAAUUACUUUGUAUUUAUUGUAUUAUACAUAUACCAAGUUUUUUUUUUUUUUAAUGAAUUAGAUUUAUAGUAUCUUAUGUAAUAGAAUACUACACGUUUUAAAUCAUUUAAGUAUGGUGGAAUUUUCACAUCUUUAAUUUUUAUAUGUAUUAUUAUAAUUAUUUUGGUUAAGAUAAUAUUAUCGCUUCAAAUGUAAGUAUGUGUCGGCACGCGUCAUUGCAAGAUAACAAAAACAUAUUAAAAAUGGAUAAUUUAAUAAUUAGGUACAAUAGAAUUGAAAAAUGACGUACUGACUCACGUAAAUGAAAUAUUUUAUGAAUUGUUAUAUAAUGUCCAAUUUAUAUAUUAUAAUAUAUAACUUGUAUUGCUGUUUUAGUAGGGUGACCAUACAUCCCGUUUUAAACGGAAUUUAAUAUUUUGAUAUUUUAAUAUUUUAAAAGGAAAACUGGUAUAUGAAACAAACACAAUAUAGGAUGAUAUUCAAGUGAGCUUAACAUUCGUUUCGCAAAAUAAUAAAAAAACAAAUCGACCGGAAUGUGGAUGAAGAUAAUCUUGUCCAUGAGUAUAAUCAUGUAUAGAUAUAAUACAAUAAAUGUUAAUUUAACAGAAUGGCAGAAUAAUUGUGUUUUCGUUAAAGAGAGAUGGCGCUUUAUAUCUAUACAAUUUUAGAAAAAAAUAAAAUAUAUUUUUCAACAACUUUUGACCGAUUGUAGAAUAUUCUCUUGUAAUGACUGGAACUAAUUCAGCAAUAGAGAGAAUAUUUCUUGUUAUAAAUGCAUUGUAGAGAUACGAGAAAAUCGCUUUCUUAUUCCUAUACUAUCAAAGCAAUUAUGAUUCUAAAAAAUAACUUUAAAAGAUAUUCCUGUAAUAAUUUUUAUAAUUUUAUAUACAUUUUGAGUGUAGCAAAUUGGUUUGCAAUGUUUAUUUUUUCUUUUAUGAAAAACAGACUUUUCUACUAGAAAUUGUGCUCCAAUUUUUAAGUGUAACACUUUUUCUGAAUGGAAAUCUAACUUUGGUGGUACUUUAAGUAGAUCAUUUUCCUAGGAUUUUUUAUAAUAAAUAGAAAAACCGUAGGGAAACUGGACAAUUUAUGAAAUGUGUUAUUUUCAAAUUGUAAAUAUUACGGACUUUCAAAGAUAUAUAACCGGAUUCUGCUCAGAAUCGUUUUUCAUUAGAAAUUAUUAACCAUUGUGUACGAAUGCACAUUAAAUUACUCCUCUACCUUCUCAACUUCUUACCUAUAACAGCCCACCCAUUGUGCAAAGUAUAUCGUUUGUUUUUUGGUUUUUAUUUUUUACGAAUAUGGUCACUCUAUCCUAUACUUAGUCAUAUUGUGUUUCGUUAACAUUUUAAUUCGGUUGGUCUGUAGUAGUGCACCGAAAAUAUUUUGGCCUGUGUUCAAUUUUUGUCAAAAGUAGAUAUGCGUUAUACUUGUUUAUUUUUGAGUAGAUAAUAAGCGGUGAAAUAAUCGAGUUUUACUACAACAGUAUUCUUAUUGUCGUAGUAUUUCACUAUCAUGUUUAAAAUAAAAUAUCGUUGAUUGGCAUACAAUAAUUCGCAUAGUGAAUUAUUAAUACCUAUUUAUUGUUAGUCUUAUAUGCGAUGAUAAAUGACGUGUAAAAUUAAAAUUCAGGUCAUAUAUUAUUAAUUAUUGUGUUGUGAGUACCAGAUUACAAAUAAAGUUUCCAUCAAAGUAAAAUAAAAUAAUAUAAGUAAAACCAGUUAUUAUGUUAUUGUAACAUUAAAAUUUAAUUUAAUCUAGGUUAAUUUUUUACCUAUUAAUUUGAAAAAAAAAAAAACAAGUCUUUUCGAAAUUGAUUUAACUUGAAUGAUUUUUAAUGAAACUCGAAAUUAUAGUGUUUGAAACGAUAUUAACUAUUGUUAUAAUUUUAACUUAGUUACGGCUAUUUAAUUAAAUACAAAAUAUUUAAUAAAUAAUUAUUAUUCCAUGGUAUUAUAUCGAAAAUUAUAUACUGUUAUUUUUUCCUUUUAUAAAUAUUUAUUUCUGUAGGUGCGUUUAAAUAACGCAAUAUUCGAAUAAACAAUAUUACCUGCUAAAAUUUAUAACGUUGAAAAUGUUCACUGCUGUGGAGACGAAACUGUUUUUAACUUGAAUAUAUUAAAAUAAGUCCUGAAACUUUUAAUUAGGCAGGUAACUAUACGAGUCUUGAUUCGUGUUGAAAAAAAUAAAAUAAAAAAGUAACAAUUUGUUUUUAAUAAAAUUAAUCUCGUAAAUAUCGUGGUGUAUACUAAUAACUAAUUACCUAUUACUAUAAUAUAUUUGUAUAAUGCCAUUCAGGCAUAUCCCUUUAUGUUCCAUGUAUACAUUAUAUCUCAACAAACACAACAUAUCUAUUAUCUUAAAAAUAUUCUUAAAUUCUAACUUCGAAAUAAUUUAAAUUUCUUAUCAAAUAUUUUAAUAUUUCGCACCCUUUCAUUCCAUGGAAUUUGAUUAUAUUUAUGGAUUUAUUUUUGAUUAAUUUUCUUUUUAGUACAAUGUAAUUGUAUUUACAUAAUAUAUUUGUUCUAUCAUUGUAUAAUUUAAUUUAUUGUUUUAUAUCACUGAGAAUAUAGUAUAAUAUCUAACUACAUCUAUAUUAUAUUGUAUUUAUGCGUAUCGGAAUAAUUAAAAAAAAAAAAGAAGGUACCUAGAAUAAUAAUAUUGUAUAAAAAAAAAAUAUAUCAGCAGAGGUGGGUUAUACACAUACAGAAGGCUCGAAAUGCGUUUAGAAGACUCUACUGUAGCAUCUGCUGACUAAGUAAAUAGUUAUGUGUUUUCAGAGUUCUAAAAACUUGAAAUAUUUUUCUCCCAAAUUAAAGAUGAUAUCAUUUAAUAUAUUUUAACAAAAUUAUUUUUUGGUCUCUUAUUCUCAGAUAAUCUAUUUCUACUUGACAAUUUUAAAACAAAUUUUGUUUUAUUUUUUUCUAAUAUUAUUUACAUAAAACGUAUACAAGCAUAAAAAAAAAAAAAUUCUGUUAAAUUAUAUAAUAUAAAUAUUGUGGUUUUUAAUUUGAUAAAUACAAUGUUUUUUUUAAAUUCUAUACUGUAGCCUGUUGCAGAGUACCAAUGGAAUUUCGAAAAAACAUUUUUGCUAUAUUUGUAACGGCUACAAAAACAAAGAUGACAAAAUCUUUUCUGUGACGUUAAUUAAACAGUAUUUAGAUAUUUAUGUUUAUUGGUGCAAUUAGGGAGGAAUUGGGUGGUUAGCUCCCCCCAAACUUAACCAAUCCCUCCUAAUAAAGUUCUUAAGUGUAUACACAUUCAAUAUAAUGUAGGCUAAAGUACUCGUAAAAUACUUGGAUUUUUUUCUGCGCCUAGGCUAAGGUUAUAUGCCUAUAUGUAUAAUAUAUGAUUUGGGAAGCGGUAUUUCAUAACUUGAAAAAGUGCUUUCUAACCGCUGUCGGUGUGAGUAUACAAAUUAGUAUAAGUACGUAUGUUUUUAAAUGAACUCCACGUGCAAUUGAUUGUUGUGCCUCGAUAACGAUUGCACGUUUACAAAAAUAUAAUAAUAUUGUAGGUGAUUUUUUUUUUUUAAUCAUGACGAAAAUUCAAACAAAUCGAAACGUAAUCGAUCUGUUAAAAGAAAAUGGGGAAAAAAAAAAAAUAAAAAACUUAUUAGAAAUAGGACGAGGACAAAGACUAGUCGAGUACACGCUCAGUCUAAGUUCAAUUAUUACUACAAUAUUAUUUGUGAACUUGACAGUUAUAGUAUUAAAAUACCUAAUAUACCUAUAUAAUAUUAUAAUAAUUUAAUAUUUAUUCGUAUAUACUAUUAUAAUAUUGCUCCCGGUGCACUCGAUAUAUGAAAUAAACUGAUUAAGCGCGUCGAUAGUCCGUAUAGUGAUUACUACCGCUGGGGGAGUUCACUACUGUUGUUGUACAGUACGAGAUAAGUGGUCGCCAAAUGUCUGUGAUCGCGCUGGUUGGUCGCCACUAUAUAUGAGGUUACUCGUUUAACUCGCGUUGAUGAAUAGUAAUUCUAACUAUAAUAUCCGUUUCAUUUGUUCGUUAUUUUCGUCUGGUGUUCUCGCCCGCGUUCUAUACCGAGCAAUCGUCUAAAAAUCAUAAUCGUGAACACCGGUCGCGUGUUUUUUUUUUCUGGACUUUAUUUAAUCUCGUUUCCAUUACACACGUGUAUUAUAUAUAUUUUUUGUUUUCUAAAUAUUUUAUAAUUUAAAAUGUCUACGAAUAAUCAACCGGACCUCCAAAAAAAAGGGGAUGACCCUAAACGUACUGUUCAGAUCUGCGAAGUACCAGGUACCUACAAUAUCAUUAUUAUUUUGUGAAAUACCUCAUGAAAUAUAUUUUUGUAUAUUCGAUGGUUUAGAUUUUUACACGAUGAACGGUUUUUUUUAUUAUUAUUUUUUUCCGAUAUUCAUAUCGAAGAGAGGUUUUUUCGUUCAAUUUGAUUGUCUACGCGUUUUUAAUCUAUACGAUACGUUUGUGUAGGUACGCAACGGGUUCGAUAAUAUUACUUGUUCCCAACUUGCGUGUAUAUUAUACAAUACAAUAGUAUUCUAUAGAAUAUUAUAUAAUUGCUUGUUUUGUUUUUUUGAACAUACAUGAUAUGUGAUGAACAUCGUUUUAAUAAAAAAUAGUUUUAUUUUAAAACUACAACUCUUAUAGCUCGCAAUUAAAAAUUGAUGUUUUAUACUCAGUGUUACUGUUUUACUCAGUACUAUAAUGAAUGCUUAGAUGUGUAUAAUUUUUUCAAUUGUAACAGUAAAAAAAAAAAAAAAAUUCCGCUCAUUAUUUAUCAAUAUUCCUGUAAUUUUCUAAUCGUUUAAUAAAAGUUAGAUUUUGUUUCGCCUUAAUACUAUUCAAGAGUUUCUCUAACGUAUGCCUAUCUACGUUUAUAGUUAUACUUACAAUCAUGUGCACGUCAUCCAUUAAUUUUCAAAUUAUAAGUAUUUGGUACUUUGGAUAAAUAAUAUUGUUCAAAUUUGCUGUAAUUUUUAGUUUUAAAAAAUUAAUUUUUUUUUUUAACUCAUUGAUAACUCGCAAAUUAAAUUACCAAAAUGUAUGUAUUUAAACGAUUUUUUUGGGCUAUAUAUUUUCGUUUUGUAAUGAUGUAAAAUUAUCAAAUCUUCGCGAUUAAAUAGCGUAACAUACAUAUUAUUAUUAUAAUAAUGUACCAUGCAUACUACGUUAUUUAUAUAAUAAUCUUAUUUAAAUAUUUUGGCGUUAAAAAAUUUAAAAAAAAGAGAAACAACAAAAUAUAGGAAACGAUAGACACAUUAUUUUCUAUUCGUAUCGUUAAAAUUAUACAUUUUGUCAAACAUGGAUUAAAUGUAAUUAUAUAUCGUAGAAAUAAAUAUAAAAAAUAUAUAAACAUUUGAAAUAAUAAUUUAAAUCGGGCAAAUAUCAACGGUAUAAUAGUUGUACAAGAUUUACACAUCAAUCCGUCCUCGUAAAAUAAAACACACACAACUGACAAAAACAAAUGCUAUUCCGUAUAGAAAAACAAUUUGUACAAUAUGCAAAUAGGUGUUUCACUUGUUUCAUAAUAUGUUAAUCGACAGCCAAGUGUUAAUAAGAAUAUGCAUUUUUUUUUUUUUUUUUAUUAUUAUUUUACGUCAUUACAAUAGCGAGACAAAUUCAAGUCUAAAAAAAAAAAAAUGUAAAUCAUAUAUUUUGAUGCGUUAAAAAAAUAAAAUAAAAUGUUAAAAAAUGUUAUAAAAAAAAUAUUACCUUUGUAAGACAAAAUUAUACGAACAAUAACUAAGUACCUACGUAGCUAAAUAUUUUAAUAAACUAAUAAUUGUAUACUUCACGUCGCGUGUUUCCAAUGCACAGAAAUUCGAGAUUUGUUCAUUUUCUUAUCGGUUUAGAACAAAAUAAAGCCUGCCUAUUAAUAAUAAAAAUAAACAUAUACUUUAACCUUAAUCAUACAAAUAUUGUAUUGUUCUGAUUAAAAAACUGCAUAUUAAUAUAAACGAUUAAUAUUGCAUUUAAAUGGAUAUCCAUAUAUGUAUUUAUAUUAUAAUACCUAAUAUUAUUUAUUUGAUUGGUUUUUUUCAUGUAAGUAUAUAAUAUAUAUAAUAAAACUAAAUUUUAAAUACUCUCUUAGCAAUUCAUUUUUUACAAAUUGAAUUCAAUAACUACUUAUACCUUUACUAGACUAGAUUAAGUAAUGUAAUUUUAAAAAAAAUAACAUUUUUUUUAUUUCCUGUGAUUGUAAAUCGUAAUAAAUAAUUUAUCUUUUUGUCUGUAGGUAAUCAAAAUUAAAUAUUAAAUUUGAAAUUAUUAAAUGCUAAUGUCGAAUGUCUAUAAAAAAUAUGAUUUUAUAUGAAUAUGAGUUUUGUUGCCUAAUAUCGUAAUAUUAUAGUUCAUAAGUCUAUGUUCGUCCAGUGUAAUAUUUUCGAUCGAUUGUAAAAAAAAAAAAGAAAAGAAAAUGUAAUGUGUAUACCCGAAUUAUGUAAAAUUCAAAAUUAUUUCGUCGUUAAAAAUCUAUAUAUUGAUGAGUGAUGAUAUUGUUGCGAUUAUUUAGUUUUUACUGUUUUUAGUACACAUAAUGUAGUCGUAUUAUGUAUCGUGACGUAUAUUAUUUAAGUAAAUACGUUUUAUAAGUUUAUUUAAACAAGUGAUAAUUUUUUUACUAUUACCGUUAAAAAUAAAUAAAAGUUCAGACGCUUAGAUAAUGUAGAUAGGUAAUAGUUUUUAUACGAAAUUGAUUUUAUAUGGAUAACAAUAAUAAAUAAUAUACGAGUAUAAUACGUUUUAUAAAUUAUGAACUUCUCACUACCCAUGUAUUUUUUUAUGAACAAUCUAAAUGGAUUUUCCUAUUCGUUUUUUUAAUUAUAUAAUUAACAUAAUUAUAUAAUUUGACGAAAUUUUAGCGUUACACAUUUGUAAACAUUAAAAACAUGCAUCAUACAUAUCAUAUGUAUUAAAAAUACAUAUAUACCCAUAUAUUCGUAUUAUUUUUUAGUAUCAUGAUAUUUUUUAUUACCAUCGCGUUUACUUAUUGUUAAUUAUUAUGAGUUUAUAAUAUUAUUAAUUUUGUUAUUUAUUAUUGUUUGAUAUAUAAUUAUAUAUAUAUAUAUAUAUAUAUAUAUAUAUGUAUUUAUAAAAAAUUCGCUAAAAAACGCGUUUUAGAUUCCGACUCCAUCGAUUAUUAGUUUUACUGAACUAUUUUUUCGAUAAGUAUAAAUAAUGCUCUAAAUUGUUUAUUGCACUUUGUAUUUGAAGAAAUUGUCUUGAUUCCCAACAGUUUUUUUUUUCAAAAACUUAUAAUACAAAACUGACACCAAAUGACAAUACAUUGGUUUUAUUUUUGUUGAUUUUUAGGUUACUUUGUCUAUACAGGGGAAAAGAUACUACUAUAAUUUUACCAGAUUACCGAACUACAUUUAGAAUAGCUCUUUUGUUUACAACGGUUUAUAGUUACUUUCAGUAUAUUUUAAACUGAAUUACCUAAUAUCUUAUACUUUCCAUCCGAUGGAGUACGAUUGCGCACCGUCCUUAUCGGCCUACUCUUUUAGCCGUAGGAUUGCGUGCGCUACAUCUCAUUUUUAUUUCCAUGCAACGUUGCUGAAUAAUAUACUGUGCCGUAUACACGGUACCUACCUAAAUAAUAUAUAUUAACAGCAAAAUUUUAUAUGGAAUUUAUACAAAUUAUCUUGAACACCAAUACUAUUAUUAUACCAGUAAACUUUUAUCGAAAUUAUUGUGAAUUCCCAUAUUAUAUGCACGAAUGGGAUGCUAUACUCGUGCAUAAAGUAUCUAUAAAACUUGUACCUACUAACAGUAGUAUUUAAAAUUUAAUUAAACUUAAUUUGAUUACCAUUUUAAUACAUUUAUAUAUAUAUAUAUAUAUUUUUUUUAUAACAAAGAACAAUUUUUGAACUGUUUGUCAUUUUAUUUAAUUUAAAUAUAUUAUGUAACGAUUUUGACAAUGUUUAUAAUAUAUAUAUAUUUUUUGUACAACUAGGAACAAUUUUUGAAUUUCGAUCGUGUAAUAUGAGGUACCAUCAUGUACUUAUAUAUUAUGUAGGUGGUAAUAAAGCGAUAUACUUAUUUUGAAAAUGUUUUCGGGAUUAUACGAACAAUUUUCGAAUCCGAGCAAGUCAUCCUUUUAAGACUAGGAGGAAAGGUACUGCGUAUACAGACCUGUAAUUAUAUUAUACUUCUGCUCUAUCGGAAUACGUGUUAGGCGAAAUUUCUAGGUAGUACCUAUAUCGCGAUAUCUUUUGUGUGCCGACGUUUUGUACUUACUACAUGUAAGCAGGUUCAAUAUUUCUCUGAUCCAAUUGUUUACACAUUUUAAUAUUACUUAUCUCGUCUUUUAGUAAGUAAUAUUAUAUAUACUUCAACCUCUAACUAACAUAAUAUAAUAAUACAAAUAUGUAACUAUAUAAGUAUUAAAAAAAACCUCAACGAUUAAAAAUUAUCAAAUUAUAAUCCACAGGAAAAAAAACUGUAUUAUAAUAUUAUCGUUUAACUACACUUUGGUUUUACAUUUUUACGUUUUAGCCUUUAUAAUGUUUUAUUUUUAUUUUAUUGCUCAUUAAUAAUACAUACUGUGCAUUAGGCGCGCGGUUAAUACAAUACUAAUUAUCGAAAAUUAUAAAGAUCAAACUUUACGAAAACAAAAAAAAUAUAUAUUAUAUAAAGAAAAUGAUAUUCAUUUUAUUAUAAUUCGUUUAUCUAUAUGCAAAAUAGCAUAUGUAUAUUAUUUUUUUACGAUCUACACUAUAUUAUAUAGGUUUGACAAUAUUAGAUAUAAUUACUGUAUACAAUAUCUCUUACAGUUAACUCAGUACAAUAAUAAUAGUAUAUACAUAUGCAUUACUUUAAUUAGGUUUAAAAUAUAUUAUUGUUAUUGUAAAAUACAAUAUUGUGAACUGUAGAUAAAAAAAUUUAAUAAGAAACAAUGAUUGGUUGACGAUCAUAAUAUUAUAGCUAUAUUUGCUUUAUGGGGAUCUUGAUUUAAGUACUCGUUUAUAAUAAUGCGAGUAAUACAUAUUGUUAUAUAUUAUUACGCUCGUGUUUAUAGUACUCGAACUUUCAAUUAAUGAAAAUAAUUUGGCGGUUAACAAUUAUCGUUUUUUUAUUUUUUUAUAUAUUUACUGCGUAAUAUUAUAUCAUUCCAAUAUUCUAUUAGUCGUAGCUGUACAGUCAAUUUUUUAUAGUUUGAAUCAUAUAUGCUCCUCACAUAUACGCGAAUCGUUUAAUGUUUAUAUAAGGAACAAAAUGGUAUAAUAAUAAUAAUAAAUGACCACAAUAUGUUAGUUAUUGUUCUCUGUUCGCCGUCAUGUCUUCAAUUUAUCAACACUAAAUUAUGUGGGGAAUAAUAUUAUUAUAAUAUACGUGUAGUAUUGGCAAUUUCAGGUACACUCAACCAAAAAAAAAAAAAAUUAUAUUAAUAAAAUAGCUGUGUACAAACAAAUAUACUCACUGCAACCACCAGUAGCGUACUCUAUGGGGUAGCUAAGAGGACUUAGCUUCUUCCUUCCCCCACUAGUUGUGUAAAAAUACAAAAAUACAUAAUCUUAGUUAUUCAGCAUUGAAAACGUAUUACUACUAUAAAAUAAUAAUUAUUGCACAUUUCCACUAUCUCUUAUAUUAAGUUAAAACAAUUGUACAAUACAAUUGAUAUGAAUUUUUAAAAAUAACCUAAUAAAAAAAAGGCUUUAUAUUAUAACAGACUUAAAAAUAUUUCUCUUGAAUUAUCAUUUAUAAUUUGCAUUCACUAUAUGUUUAGUCUCCAAUAAAAAAAAUAACUAAUAUAUAAUAAUAAGUACUGCUGAUGGUUGUGCAAGGUUGGACUACCUAUCUUAUAAAAACAUUCCAAAUAAUAUUUAUUCUACCGACCCCAAAAGAUACGCAGCUACUCUAUUUUAGCUUCUCACUUUCUUUUGCUAAAUACUUUCCCUUGGAAGUGUCCUCACUGACAGUUCAUUUAGGUCAACAAAUUGUUUAUGCCUUACUGCAGCCUCUGACAGUUAUUUACAGGCUUUUAAUAAUUUAAUGCAGUGCCUGACGAUUUAUUUAAGACCCCCUAUAUCAGGGGCAUCUUCGGGUCAAUUCCAUGGGGGGGGGGGAACAAUUUUUAAUCUUGAAGACCGCUUUGAUCAACAAAAACCUAAAAUUUUUAUGUCUGAUGUAAUUUCAACUUAUAUUAGCUUAGAAGACUGCAGAUAUAUUGUACAAAUGCAGUAAAACGGUAUAAUUUAAAAGUUAAAUUUAUUUUUUUGACAUUAAAUAAAUAAUAAUUAAAAUAAUUAUAAUAUGAAUAACAAAAAUAAUAAGAAUAAUAAUUAAUAAUAUUUAGAUGACCAAGUCCAAAAUACUUUUAUUUUAAGCAGCGUUUUGCAACUGGUUUGAUCAACAAUAUUUUUUAUACCUAUUAAUGUUUUCAUUUCAAUGAAUAUCUAUUUAAAAGUGAUAAGCCAGUUAGCCUCUACUCAAAAUUCUUUUUUUUUACCACAUAGUACGACUUUUAAUGAACCUCUUGUUAAAUUCUCAAACAUUUCUGUUUGGUCCAAAAAUUUCAUCCACAGAGUACCUACCAAAUAAAAAUUAUGUACAAAACUCCCAAAAUUAAAAUAUCUUUAAAUUGCUCAAAAAUUUUAUUACGUCAAGAAAAGGCAAAUAUAAAUUUCUGUCCAAAUUUCAAAUCUCUAUGAAUAUUUUUAUUUGAAUACAAUAAAAAACAAAAUUGAAAAUAAUAAAAGCAUUAUUUUCGUAAAUUUUCCCGUUUUUCUUAAGUUUUACCCGGGGUUUUCCGGAUAUUAUGAAAACUGCUUGGAUAACCAAAAAAUGACCUUCAUAAAGUACCAUCUAGUCAAUAUGGCAAUAUUUUCUUUCAAAAACAGUGCUACACUUACAUAUUGAAGCAAGAUUUUUAGUAGACGUUUUUGUCACAGUAAAAAAAAAAUAAAAAUCAUUGUAUACCCAAUAGGUACAUUCAUCGCCAUACUAGGAAUCUAAAAUUUAAAUUAAAGUAAUCACUUCUAAUUUUGAUUCUAAAAAUGUAUUAUUUUAUUAUACCUUUUCAGAUUGAUUAUUUCCACUUAGUUUUCCAUAAUUCUAUCUCACCCUUGAAAGAAUAUUUACUGAAAUGUAUAAAUGAGAAUUGUUUCAUUCUUGUUUCAAUUAAAGUAUUUACAAGAUCCGGAAUCGACUUUAUGGCAUUUAGAACCAGUGCUUAUUUGUACUUAUGAAUUAUGGAUAAUUUGCAUAUAAAAAAGAACAUCACAUGAUUUACGGGGAGGGGGAGCGAUCGCUUCCCUUGACCCUCCCUCAGAGACGCGCAUGCCCUAGAUAAUGUACAGUAGCCUCUGAUGGUUUAUUACCAACACAUCGAACACUAUUUUACAGCUCUACAGAACAAAAUUAUAUCUUAUAUUAUAUUAGACUCGAUUAUUCACUUACUCCGGUUAUUCACUUAUCCCACCUGACCUUAUUAAAUUCGCCUAACUUAUUUUUAUAGUAGCCUACCUGGAGAUUUCUCGGUAUUCCGGUGCCCAAAUCCAACUCUGUGGGAGUGUCACUGUUAAAGGUGGAAAGUUAAAAAGGUAGAAUACAUAAAAUUGAAUAUAUAAAUAAAUAAAUGAAUGAGUUUCCUGGAGUAUUAUGAUACGUAUAUUGUACAACCGUUUUCGAAUUGAAAAUUCAUCGUCAGGUAAAAUCACUAAAGAAAAACGCAACUGAAUGUGAAAAAACAAAUGAAAGAAUAUACAGAAUAUACAUAUAAAGAAUAUAUAGAGAAAAAAUUAUACAAAUUGGUCGUUUUACAUAGAAAUAAUUAUUUUAUUAAAGAGAGAUUAGAGAGCUUAGAUAAUAUUAUCUAGUCUCUCUAAGAGAGAUUAUUUAAAAUGAGCUAUUAUUUAAAACCAAAUGAAAAAUAAAAUAAAACUCGAAAAUGUAAAAUACCUGUAUAAUAAGUUCAACAAUAGCCAGUAUGCUUUGAAAAUUUCUUAACAUCUCUAAAAGGAUAAUAUUAUGUACAUAUAUUUUCUGCAAAAAAUUUCAAAUUUCUACGAUUAUUUUUAACUAAAUUACAACAAAAAAGAAAAUCAAAAAAUGAUCUCCUCGCGUACCAUGCAUCUUACAUAUAAAAUACCAAAAAAAAAAACGCUCUGGUCGUUUUUUGAUUGGAGCAAUAUUUCUGGUAAAAAAAAAAUUGUAGAUAUCAUUAUAUAUAUAUAUUGUAUUUAUAACUAAUACAUUUCUCGCUCCUCUCGGGAUCAUACCUCGGGAUUAUACCUAGUUAACUAUACUGAUUUACUCUGUACUGAGUACCUAUCGAAUAAAAAUUACGUAAAAAACUGGCAAAAUUAAAAUCUCUUUAUUAGCUCAAUAAUGGCUAAAAUGUUUUGAAAAUUUGACGACGUCUAAAAAUGGCAAAUAUAAGUUUUUUGUCCAUAUUUCAAAUCUCUAUGAAUGUUUUUAACUGAAUCACAAAAAAAAAAAAAAAAAAAAAUUAUAAAACCAAUACAUUUCUCGCUCCGUUCAAAAUCUAAAAUACUUCGUUGCAUUUGAUUUUAUUUACUACUAAUCAUGAAUUUAGUAUUAAAUUUUCAAAAUUUUUGGCUCAACCAAAACUUAGGUUAUACAUUAAUGAAAAAAUUCACCGCAUAAUAUUUAAUAAAAAAACUGAAAUAAUAACCACAUUUUUGUUGACUUUUUUUGAACUAUUGAGUGCAACUUAUAAUGAACCUCGAAUAAACUUCAAAUAUUUCUACUAGCCAAAACAAUGUUAUCCACAUGAAAUCAAAUGAAAAAAAAAACUCGAUUAUGUCAAAUGCUUAUGAAAGUAUAAAUAACUAAAUAACAUCGCUAGAAUUUUCAACAAAAGAACAAUAAUAUAUGCAUCAUCAUUCAUUCAAUGCAAUUUUACUUGAUUGGCACCAGAAUUGCUGCCCGAAUUAUCCUCUCAAUACCGUCACCACACCCGCAUACGUAGUCGCCACGCGACGCCACCGCUGGUGUUGUAUACGGCCACACAAUAUACCACUUCUACACUACCUCUUUAACCGUCACUAUAACUUUAUCGCGCCACUUUACGUGUAAUUCCGUAUUACAACAAAAAUAAACGUUCGUGAAGUUGGCCGCUCAACUUUAUUUAACGAUUUCAAAAAUCGUGCAUAGAGUUAGCAAGUUUACAAAAAUCCGCAAGUCUAUUUUUAAAAUUUGAAUGUGGAAAUAAUGGCAGUUAUCGGAGGUUAACGAAAAUAAUGAAACUCUCUAUUUUUCCGUUUUUCUCAACUACAAUAGGAAAACUACAAAGGAAAACAAAAAAUUACCUUAAUACUGCAUUAAGGUAAUUUUUUGCUAGAUCCAAAUUGCAAUAUAAAAGGUCUCAAAUUACUUUUAAAUUUUUUUUAAUUUAAGCAAAAUUUCUGGUAGAAAAGUUGUUACACAAACGGGAGGAAAAGCAUACAUCAUGGUAAAACUAAUAGCCUAACUACAUGCCUUGCUACGCACGCAAUUUAAAUAAAUUCGCACACAUAGUAAAACUAAUACGGUUUAGGUCGUACUCAUAAUCUAAAAUUUAAUUUUUCAAACAAUUUCGAAAUAAAUUAAACGUGUAUGUAAUUAAAGUAUUUGUUUGCUUUUAUAUCGGUCCGUUACAUAUAGAUACUCAUAUAUAGAUUGUAAAACCGCGAAAAUAUUUCAAAAGUGUCUUAUUAUUGUAUUUAUACAAAUAUAUACGAUAUGCUUACAUAAUAAAAGCAAAUUUUUUCAAGCUAAAACACAUAUUAUGAUGGUACAUUGUACACAUACUCAAAGAUGGAAAUUAACUAGUUAAUUUAAAGUUUAUUUGUUUAAACUUUUUAACUUAACGAGUUUAAUUUUUCAUUGGACUUGACUAGACUUUUUACAGUUAAUUUGUAUAAACAUCAAUGAAUGAAUGUUAAUGGUUAAUGAAUUAAAGGCAGGUGAUUUUUUUCGAUUUUUAAUUUUAAUUGGCUAUUCCUAUGAUUUAGGCCGGACGCACAUCACAGUAAUGUGAAAUGGGUGGUCAGGUUAUUUCAGUGGGCAUGCAGAGAAAUACGGCAGGUUUUUUUUACUACAUAAGACUGUCCGGUCUUAUGUGUACCAAUAUUGUAUAUAUUGUACAAAAAUAAAGAGGAAAAUAAUGGAUAAACAUUUUGAAAUGACGUUAUUAUUAAAAUAUAAUAAAUAUUUUAAUUUUAUUUAACUCAUAACGUUAAAUUAAAUUUUUAAAAAAUGUUGUUUAAUUCAUAAUCAAAUUGUUUAUUUAUUAAUUACAAUAUAAUAUUAAUGAAAAUAAUAUGUUGUUUGUUUUAUUCGGCGUAAAUAAUUAUUAUACAUAAUAUUAUAUAAUCAUUUAACAAUAUAUGAAAAGAUUAAUGGUGAAACCAUUAAGUCUUUAAUAUUGAUGAGGUACUUUCAAUGUUGAUUUUUAAUAGCGGAAAAAUAAUUAACUUUCUUUUUAACCGAGUUAAGUUUAUAUUUUUUUGAAUUUUCAUUUCUAACCUAACAAUAUGACCUAGCCGCUGUAUCUUUAUCCUUUUAUAGAACUAAUGUUAUUCCCAGUUCUUCCUGAAGUUCUUUGUUGAACUACCUCCUUCAUUAAUUUAUCCUUGUGUCAUGAAUUACUCCAUACAUCAUUCUCCAUAUUUUAUUUUUAAAAAUUCCAAGUCGUCUAACUGUCAUAAUUGUCGUUGUCCAUAUUUGACAUCCAUAAGUGAGAGUAGGUCUAAAAUUAUGACCGUGUACAUUCUUAAUUUUGUUUUCUUAGGUAGAACUUUGGAUGUAGGUACCCUUGCUUAUAGCCAUCAUAAUAUAACUAUAGGUUAUAGGUAUUAGUUACCUUUAAAGUUCUUGGAAAACUAAAAUGUAUACCAUAUUGAGAAUAAAUAAAUUAUUCUUUGUUCUAAUCGAUAUUAUAAUAUAUAAUCAGAUAUAUGUAUAUGGUUAUUAAAUGUAUAAAAUGAGUCAAAAAGCACAUUUAAGAAAAUAUAUUCGUUUGGCUAUAAUUUUAUUAUUUAUUUGUGUUUAAUAAUGUAUACCACAUAAAAGUAAUCGUUGUGAUCAAAUAUCAAAUUUUAAUUGCUAAACAGUAAUCAUAACAUUAGAUUAUGACGUACCUACAUUUAGAACGAGUUAUAAAAUACACGUGUAAGCAUAAACGCAUAAUAUUCAGUUGAUAAGAAAUAUUUAAAAUUCGUUUGAUUGUAAUAAUAUGACCUAUCUACCUAUAAAAUAUUUUGAAGCAAAUUAACUAUUAACACCAUAAUAUACUACCUAAUUCUAGAAGAUGUUUUAUUAGGAAAUUGCUAGUAAAACAGUGUAAUAUUUGCACUCAAAUGUAUAAUCAUCAUUUGUUAUUAUUUUAAUUGAAACCAUUUAUAUUAUUAGGUACGUGCUGCUUUAUAAUAAUUAUAUAAUAUACAAUAUUUUACUAGUUAACAAAGACAAAUUGAUAAAUAAAUGAAAACAAAUAGCUAUUUUUUUUUAAAGUAAAAAAUGUAUAUUUAUUAAUUUAACUCUUUCGACUUACAUAAAUAUGUUCUUUAAAUGUUUAAUAUAUUAAUUUAUUUUACUUCAUAGGAUAAUUAAUAUCAUGAUUAGGGGCUAGGGUUAUCUAGUAUUGAUUAUUUACAAAGUCUGAUAGUUAAUAAUAUCUUAAUAAAAACUGAAAACAUAAUACUAUACAAUAACUAUUAUAUUUUUUAGGUACACGCAUUUAAGUACUGAUAAUAUCAGUACUUUAGAUAUGUCUGUAAAAUAAUACAAUUGUCAUCUUAAAAUUAAUUAAUAAUUAGGUACUUUUAUGGAUUAGUUAAUAUACUUCUGUUUAUAUAUUUUUUUAACUUAAGAUAUUUAUUACUUAUAGUUUUAAGUUAUAAAAUAACGCUUGAUAUUCAUAUGUAUCUUUCAAGUCAAAAACACAUAAAAUUCUAAAUAACACAAUAAUAAAUGUAUAGUGUUUUAAAAUCGUCCAUUUUUUGAUUUUGUAUUUAAUCGUAUUUUCGGGAGGCAGCAAUAUUUUAUUUUAUUUGCAUACGUUCAUACGGACCCAAAACCAGUUGCAACCUAUAUAUAUGUUACAUGAAAUUGAGCAUUUUACGAAAAAUUAUCUAAUUCAUAAAAUGGAAACUAUUUAUUUUCACUUAGAGAAUUAUUUAAAAAUAUUAAUAUGUGUGGAAAUAUUAUCACAAAAUGGAUACUAAAAUUUGAUAUUUUAUAAUUUUCUUCGUCAAAUGUCCAUCCUUCUUGGUGAAUUAAAAUAUGUAACCUAUAUUGUAGUUUUUUUAAUGUUGGAUUAUAUUUUUUUUUCAAUAAAGGUAGGUAAAUAAUAUUUAAUACUUCUAUAUUAAUAUUAAUAAUUAAUUUAUUAAAUUCAAUAGUUGAAUUGUGACAACAAUUAUUAGUUUUUCUUUUCACAUGAACAACUCAAAUAUCCUCCCCCCUCCGAUAAAGCAGUAAUUGUUUCAUGAAGUGUUUUUUCUUUAGUAUUUUUCACUUGAUCAACAGUAAUAUAAUUUUAUGUUGCCAGUUGCAAAUCAUCCAAAUCAUCUUUUUAUUAAUAGUUCAUGCUGGGGCUACUAUACGAGUGAUCAUUAAUUGAUAUAUUUUUCCUCUGUUGUUUUUUUUAUAUCAAAUAUUUAAAUUCUGCUGCUACAGUUAGCACAUCAUACUUCUGUAGUUGGUAAACAGUAAUCAAGUUUUUUUAUUUUUAUUUCUACGAAUACACUUUAUCAUAUUAUUAAGUAUUUCUCUAUUUAUUUUAGCAUCUUAUAAUCUUGUAUAAUUCCUUUGAAAUUCAUACGAGUAUUAUGGGGUUUUUGCCUGGCUUUUUUUAUAGGUAAUAAAUAUUUAGUUUUCUAUAAAAUAUAGUUUUGCAUCAAAUUCCAUUUUAUAAAUAAACUUGUCUAUACGCUACUUCACUUGCUUUAAUUUACUAUACCGUACGUGUUGUAACCACAAAAUUGUACAAUGCACUGAAGUCAUAUAAAUAAUUUGUAUCAAAGAUACAGAAAUCGAAAUAAAAUUAGAAACAAUACAAAUAAUCGAAAAUUAUCUAUCUAUCUUAUUGAAAUAACAACAUACUCCACAUUUUGUAAUAUAAUGUCUAUAAUAACUUGUUUCACCUAGUGAAUGACCAUUUUAUGAAACAAAUUACAUUUUAUCAAAUUUUAAUAUUCAUUUCGUAAAAUGAUAUCCACUUAAUGUACUUUUUAAACACCUCAUUAUGUGGAAAAAAAUAGCUUCCAUUUCAUGAAUUGCAUAACUCUCAUAAUUUAUUUGAUAACUCUUCAUGAAAUUCAUAAUUUCAUCAAGCAUAGCAAUAAAUGCUAUAAAUCGAAUGGAUACUAGAAAAAAAAGGAAAGUAUAAAAUAAAAUUCGUAUUUCAAGAACAAAUUGUCUACGUGAACAACAUUUUAGAGCUUUAAUUUACUAUUCAAACCAUUUGCUAUAGACCCUUGAAACUAAUAAGAACAAAACGUAAUAUUUUCAACAAGAUUGUUCGAGUAAUUUUUGAGUCUAUAAACCAUAACCAUCCAUAGUCUUUUGUAUGUAAUAUAUUAUAUAAUACGAUUACACGUGGUUUUAGAGAUAUUUUAUAAAAUAUCUCUAAAACCAUGUGUAAUCGUAGAGAAACAUUUUUUUUUUUACUUAGUAGCAUCAGCUAACCAGCAUGCCCAACUCGGUAUUCUGUUUUACCAUCAUUAUUAUAUAUUUGUUGGCUCGUUACGAAUUGCAUUCGUAAUGAGAAGCACGUCAAUAAUAAUAAUGAAGUAUACUAAAUAAAUAAUAUUUCAAUAAUACACCCACCUAAUGUUUAAUGUCAAAACAGUGAAUCUAGAAAAUUCAUUAAAAUGUAAGUAAUUCAAUUAUUUAAAUAAUAUCCAGAUUGUAUAUCAAGAUAAACUGCUUUAGAUUUUGGUUUAGCGAAAAUUAGUUGUAUGUAUUAGUUAUUACGGUACAAACUUUAAAUGUAGAAAAUGGGCAAUGGAUUUCGUUUCUCUAAAAACAAAAUAAUUUCAUAAAUUGAAGUUCCAAGUAUAAUAACUAUCUGCAUAAAUGUUGAUUAAUUAUUUGAAUUAUUAACUGUAUCUAGUUAUAUAAAAUAAUUAUGUAAAUAAUGUACUUAAUAAUGCAGAUGCUAUUCAGAAAAUAAGUAUAAUUAUAGUAUGGUUGUAUUAAAUUAUUUCUAAAGGGAUUCAUACUGUUUAGAGUGUGGUCCAUGGCCCAAGUGGUUCUGACAACUGGAUGUAGUAAGUGUAGAGAUUUGUAUUUUUAUUAUUUCAUUGGACUGCAUCUCUUAAAAGAAUGAAAAAACGUUUUCAUUAUAUUAAUAUAAAACUAUUAUAUAACUCUUCUCCACCUAUAUAAAAAAAAACAAUUUUUCAGUUUUUUGUGUAGGUAUAUAUGGUAUCAAAAUAAAUUAUAAUUAUUUUUACCGACACCAAAUAUUUGGGAUGAAGGCAAAGGGAAAAAAUGUAUAUUUUAAAAGUUAUUUUUAAUUACUCAUGGCUAUUUGUUAUGUUAUUAUUCGUAUUAUCAUUAGCUGUAUGCCUGUAUCAUGAUAUCAUAAUAUGUGUUAUAAAUAUUAUAUAAUAUUAUCCCAUAAUAUGUUUGCCAAUGGAAAUAAUAAAUGGAUUGGCUACGUUUACAAUUAUUAACAAGUAUUAGGUAAAAUAUUAUGAACAUCUAAUAUGUACAUAUUUUGAUCUUAUUAUCCUAUACUAUAUAUAUUAUACAAAACAAAAUGGAAAUUUUAAUUUAAAUAUUAGUUUUUUGCAAAUUUUCGUCGAUGUAAAUAAAACGCUUUAUUGGUCGUAAAACUUAAAAUCUUACGAAUCUUUAUAUAUUAUCGAAUUACUACAAGUAUUAUCGUUCAUUUGUCGAUAUAGGUUAUCACAAUUUACAUGCAAAACGAAUAAACAAUAUUAGGUGUGUACCUACAAUAAUAUAUGAUACAUCUUCUUUUUUUUAAUGUUAAAACGAUAUAUUGUUAUUAUUACAUGGUACAUAGUACACGAAGUUAAAAGACUAAGUGAAUUAUAUUUGCAAAUAUUUAAAUAUUAUCGAUUAUUAUAUUAAGUUAUAGUAGAUAGGUAGGUGCAUAGUAUAGAUGUUACAUACUAUUAAAGAAAUACAACUUUGGCGUCACUUAAGGCCAAUUAAUUCCGAAUAAUAAUUUAACAUCAUCAUAAUUAUAAUAUAAUUAUUAUUUUAAUACUUUAAUCAUGUUUUAAAACAUUAAUGCACCAUUAAUUUAGAAUGUUGUUGUUGUCAAUACUCAUUCGGUAGUAGAUAUUAGUUAUUAAGUUAAUCUUACUUAGGAAAUGUGUGUAAAAAAUAAUGAAAACAUACUAACAUGAAACAUUUUAAACUUUAAUCGAAAGUGUUACGAUGUUUUAUUUCUGUAGUUGUAGGUUAAAUUAUAGGUACCUGUGUGUGUUGUGUAAUUUAUUUUAUACAUAGGUACUGUAUUUUAAUACUAUUAUUAGUGUUGCAUAAUCAUUUUUAAACGGACGUGAAUUGUAACAAUUCUUUAAACAGUUUUUUAUUAAUUCGAAUCAUUGGUUGGUCUGAAUAUUAUGUAGAAAAAUUUGAUAUCAUCAUAAACGCGUAUAGUUAUUAUCACUGAUUUCAAAUAAGCAUCUGCAGUUAAUAAUUUCUAAAAUUUCCUAAGAACAUUUUUAAAAUAUUAGAAAUAACGAAUAAUAAAUGCAUUAUUUUAACGAAGAAUCAAUAUACUUGUACAUUCACAUUUGUAACCAUAUUUUUUACCUUUAAUAAUAUUUAUUUGACAUUGACAUAUUAAUGUAUACAAUUUCGAAAUAUUUCAUUUAAAGGUACAACUAGAAAAAAAGAGAUUGAAAAAUUAUAAAUUUAUUUAAUUCAUUACAUAUUAUAUUCUCAUAUUUAUAUUUUUAACCUUUAAAACAUCUUUAAAUUUAUCAAAUAAAAAGUCAGUAUUGUCUGACUCGAAACAAAAUGUUGACUUUGAAGUUGAAUUUACUAAAUCCCGCGAAAACGACUGUAGACAUUUUUACCAUAGACGAAGCCAUACACAUUUCUGACGAUGUUAAAUAUUGGUGUAGUAUCCAAUAACUAGGUAUCGUAUUAUAUGGCAUACGCCAUAGUUUUCCUCGUGCACCUUGAUUAUUUCAUUACAAAUCACUAACGACUAUGGUAUCCAUAUAUUGAUCUCAGCACUAUCCUAAAGUAUUAUAUUUUUUUUAAGGACAGCUUUGACCUAGGUGCAAUACAAGAAAAAUUUUCAUAUUUUAUUUGUUGACCGUGUAUUAAUUAUUUACCUUUGCACAAAUAAAUUCUGGAGUAUUUCUUAAAUUUAAUCAAUUAAAACGAAAAUAAGGCAAUGUGUACACAAAAGUUAUAAUAUUAAUGUAUUUAUUUAAAAUUUUGCUAAAUUUAGCACAGUGACUAUCAAUGUAUAUACUUAAAUGUUUUUAUUUGUAAAAAAAAAUAUUUUGUAUCCAUACAUAAAAAUAAAGAAAAGAUAACUUUGACGUAGCUACAGAGAUACUAUAGUAGGUACUAUUUUUAUUUGUACACGGUGUUAUUGACAAAAACAUAAAAACAACAUUUACACCAAACAUCUGUGCGCCUCUUCUCGAAACGUAAAAUACGGAUCUACAAGUAUAUCCGUUGAAAGAGAGUUUUUUUUUUAAUAUGGUUUAAUAAUUGUAUAUAUAUUUAACUAGCUGUCCUGCGCCUGGCGUUUCCCAUGCUAAUUUGUAUUAUUAUUAUUUUGCCAGUAUUCAUUUUUGAUAUUGGCCGUGUCAGAAUUGAAUGAAAACAAAUAGGUGGGGAAAGUGGGUAUUCCACCUUCGGCAGACUAAAUGUGUUCUCUUGUGAAAUUUUAAUAGUGUAAAUAAAAGUUAUAAUAAUAAUUAUUAACUAUAAUAGUUUUCUUUUCUGUGACAACCAAGUUAUCAUCCGUAACAUCAAAGUAACCCUUGAAUAAACAAAACUAAAUAAAAAAGCAAUUAGAUACUCCUACCAAAUAACCAAAAAACCCCUAUUUUACCCCAUUAGAGGUUAAAUUUUCAAAAAUCCUUUCUUAGUGGAUGCCUAUAUCAUAAUAGCUAUUUGUGUGCCACAUUUCAAUCCGACCCGUCUAGUGACAGGUCGGAAAUUCCAAACCACUAGACUCUAGUGGUUUGGGCUAGGUGAAAAUAAAUCAAUCAGUCAGGACAUGUUAUUUUAUAUUUACAAAUAUUAAGUAUACAACAAUAAUAUGUCUACACAGUAUAACAAUUUAAUAAAAAACGUUAGUAUGCUUCUAAGAACGUUUAUUUUUAUUUUUUGUAUUUUUCCGUGGAAAUGGUAAGAUUAAAAGUUGUAUUAUCAUAUUGUAAAUCAGCAUGUUAUAAUUAAACUACAUUCCAGUUAAUUAAAUUUUUUUAAGAAUUACAAUAUAUAUUCUGUAUAAAUAAUACGAUUAGCAUGAUCGAUUUUAAAUUACUUGUAAGUUGACUUAUAAAAACAUUUUGUAGGUAAAAUGAAAUUACUUUAUAAAAAAAAAACCGACGUCCUAGCAUAAUGGAGACGGUGCAGCCAUUUUUAUAGGUAACUUAAUAUAUAUCUAUAAGCAAUGAUAAACCAUUGCUAACGAAAAAACGAUUCUGAGCGCAUUUCAGUUAAUAGUGAUGCUUUGCCAACAAUAUAUAUAUAUAUAUAUAUAUAUAUAUAUAUAUAUAUAUAAGUCAUUUUACGGUAAAAUAAUUGUAUACUCAUUAUAUAUUUUCUUUAAUGAUAUUUGUUUAAUAUUGUACCAAAUAUUUUCCCGGUUUUUCACAAUUGCUAAAAAAACUCUUGAAAAAAUGGAAAAAUGGCCUCAUUAAAGUAUCUUCCCAAUUAAGUUUCCUUUCAAAAUAAGUACUAUCAUUGUAAAUCAAAGCAAAGUUACUAGUAAAAAAGUUGUUCACAGGAAAAAAGAAGACCGAAAUAUUUUUUAACUUAUAGAUACCUAUAUUAAGUAAAUUUUACGUUUUUCCGACAUUUUAUCUCGGUUUUGCCAGAUAUUACGAAAAACGCUUGAAAAAUCUUAAACUAACCUCCCUAAAUUACCAUGGAUAUAGAAUUUCUUUUCAGAAAAUAAGUUACACUUGAUAAGAGCAAGAUUUCUGGUAGAAGUAUGUACAACCAAUCGAGGGGUGUCUUUCGAUUAAAAUAGUCCGAGUGAAUGAUAGCUGGAUCUCUAGGUACACUUAAAAUACAUUUGUAUUUUCCCUGUUUAGAUAAAAGGGAAAAAUAAGUGCAAACAAUUUUUUUCAUAACACGGGUUUGAACUCGCGACCCUUAGGAAAAUAAUAUAAAGGUGUAUAACCUUUGGACUAUGACAAACAUAUUAAAGAUUACACAAUAUAGAAUUAUUUUUCUUAACAUGUAAUAUCCGCAUAAUAUAAGAACUUCAAAAAGCUAUAAUUUCGAAAUUUAGUCAGUUCACUCAAUUCUGACUUAGCCAUCGUUUUUAAAUCGACAAUAUACAUAUGUUCAAAAAAAAUUAAUUGAUAAACUAGAUUUUUUUCACAUAGUUUUUUACUUUUUCCUUUAACGAUUUUCGUCAAAAUGUAAUAUUAAAAUUCCUUUAUAAAAAAAAUUACUACAUUAAACUCAAAUGUAUUUCUUUUGACCACAAAGUAAGACUUAAUAAACCUUCUGUUAAAUUUUCAAGCAUUUCUGUUAAUUCUAACAAUUUUACAACAAAGUACCCGCCGAAUAAAAAUUACGUACAAAACUGGCAAUUUAAAAAAUUUUACUACGUCUCGAAAAGGCAAAUAAAAAUUGUCUGUUCAAAUUUCAAGUCUCUGUAAACAUGUUUAACUGAAUUACAACAAACAAACAAAUUAAAAAAUAAUAAAAACAUUAUUUUCGUAAAUUUCCUGUUUUUCUUACGUUUUAACCUGGUUGGAUAGAUAGAUUUUAUUUGUUAUUUAUAGUUUAUUACGAGUAAAUACUAUAUGCAACAAUAAAUUAUUGUAAACGAAAAACAGGAUGUGUUUUUUUUCCUUCCAGAAAUCAAGAAACCAAAGAAUGGGCCUAGCUAGGGAUUUAAACUAUUAGUCCCUACAUCUCGACCGAUGUUUUAAAUAAAGUUCCACUGGCCGAGAAUCCCGUAUUAUAUUAUAAAGAAGAAAAAAUCUUAGCAUUUUGCUUGCCAAAAAUUAUUUUUAAAAAUCUAAAAUGAAAUUUUAUUGAGAAUUUUUAAAUUUGUUCAAAUAAAGUACCGUCAAACAAACGAUUUCAAAUCUUUUGAUUUAUGCCUGAAAAAUUAGUAUUUUUAGUGACUAAAAAAUGCAGUUUUCCAAGAAAAAAUCACACAUAUUUGUAAAAUUAUAAUAUAGUUUCUUCACUAUACUUAGAAUCUAGUUUUUCGAAGUAAAAGUAAUUUUCUUUUUAUAAUUUUUAAUUACCUAACCGAAUACGUCCCUAAUAUUUUGUUACCAAUUUAUAAUAAAUAAAUAAAUAAAUAAAUGAAUCAAUUUAAAAAAAAAAAAUUAUUAACAAGUUUCAAAGUAAUUGAGUUCAUGUAUCUAAAAAAGAAAUGGCAAAUUUUCUGUAAAUUACUGGAUUAAUGUUCUAACUUUCAUUGUUUACAUUUCUGGAAGUUUUGAUUAAAUAUUAGAACUUUUAUCGAAUUUAAGGGGUUUUUUUAACAAUGGAAUUAUAUUCAAAACUUUACAGCAUUUUAACUUUUGAUUUAAACACAAAAAUCAUUUUUUUUUUUUUAACAAACUAUUUACCAUAAAUUGCAGACUACAGUAUACAAAAUUUUAAUUUAAAUUUUAAAUAUGAAUAACUCAUAUCAGUUAUAUGAAUACUAAUGAUUUAUAACGUGAUAAAAUAUGCAUUAUUGUUAUAAAUAAUAAUCUAAUCGCAGCUGUUAAAGAUAAUUCAAUUUGUAAGUUGCCAUCGUCAUUAGUUAUUCAUAAAUCGCUUAUAAAUGAUUACAAUUACUAUUAUUGCUUUUUUUUAUUUAAAAUGUAUUAUUUACGAUAAUUAAAUUAUAUUAGCUACUUACUUAAAUAAUAUUUUCUACUAUAUAGAUUAUAGGUAUAUAAGUCCUAUUAAAAAAAAUGUAUUCUAAUUUUUCAACUUUGUCCCAAACAGUGAUGUAUUAUCAUAAAAAAUGGUGUCUAUAAGCCAGUGACGGAUAUUGUGGAGAAGAGGGUAGGGGAGGUUGUCCCCUUUGCAUUACGAUUUUGAUGCUCAAUGUACAUAAAUUAAUACACUCCACAGUGCCUCUAAGAAUGUAAGUUUUAGGAGAUCUUUCCCAUAACACUAUAAAUUUCCUUUCAAAAUACAGAUAAACAAAAAAAAAAACAGAAAAACCUAAAAACCAUAAACACACUAAUAAGUAAAAAAAGAACAAUCUAUUUUCAUCUCUUACUACCCCCAAAUUUGAAAAAAUGGCACAUUUUUUGCUUAUUGGUUUGCACAAUUUGCUUUAGACCCCCUUAAAUAUGCCACUGCCUCCUUGGAGUUUUUGUAAUUAAUAUAUAUUAUUACCUACAACUGAAUACUUAAGAAAUUAUACCCUGUUAGAUUAUGGAUUAUUACGGAUUUGAAAUUUAUUCCCCUUCAGUACUGGGAUAUAUCCACUACUGUUAUAUGCUUUUUAACUUAGAUAGUUGAUAAUGGUAAGUUUCUAUUAUAAAUUCAAAAAAAAUACCUCGCUUCGCUCUAAAUAACUGAUUUCCCAACAACACCCUUCUUUUUUUUACUUAAUACAGGCUGUUUAACCCGUUUAGGCACCCUGCUGUAACUAUCACUUCUUCCCAUCUUUCUCUAUCUUUUACCAUUCAGGAUUCUGUACUAUCAAAUUCAGGUCCUGAAAUACAAAGUAUUAGUUUUAUUUUAGAAAUAACAGUUUAGUAUAUUUCCAAAAAUAAAUUAAAUAAAAAAUCUGAAAAUUGUAUAUUCACUUGUAAAAGAUCCAUUUAAUUUUUUUAUUAGAAAAUAUAAAAUUUUAAAAUUGUAUUUGUUAAGAGUACAAUAAGCACGCACAAUAAAUAUUUUUAAUUACUUAAAAAUACAUACUUACAUUUUUAGUUUUAAUAACCAUGAUACUUAUAUUAAUACAAUUAUAAUAAAUAAAUCUAUAAGAUUUCAUUAAUUUUAUUAAAUCAAACAUCCUAGUAACAAUGUUUAACGUAAUGUAAUAAUAAUAUGUGCUUAAUCACUAUAAAUUUAUAAACAGUCCAUAUAAAAACUUUUUAAAUCUAAUUUAUAGUAAAUAAUAAUUAUAACCAAUUUUUAUUAUACUCAUGAUAUAUUAAUAUAAAAUAAUAAAUAUUGUUGGUAAAUAAUUUAGUUUAUAAUCACUUGAUUUGAUUUAAAUAAUUGUGUAUUUGUUUAUCUCAAAAGAAAAAUAUUAAAUAUUUAACAAAAGUCAAAUAAAAUGAAUAAUAUAACAAAUAUAACUAUCAUAGUGGUGAAUAUAGUAUUUUCCAUAGACUUAUUUUUGUAUGUUUGUUUCAGUUUCCUUUUUGCUCUUGUGUCCUUAAACGAAUAGACCUCGACUAUUAAAUUAUCGUUUUUUAUAUGUAUGAAUAUUCUAUUGCGAUGUAUAAUAUCGUAGCGAUCGAUGAUUUUACUGACGAUGGAAAAACAAUAGUAAACAUUGUUUAAUGAAAAUGAAAUUUGGAAAAAGAAACCGAGAAAAUGUAUUAAAAAUUUAAAAAAGUUAAAUCUGAGAAACAAUUUUAAAUAAAAUGAAAUGAUUUAAUCUGUAGAUUAAUAUAUUUACCAAACAGAAAUAAUAGUUUGACCUAAUAUAUGUUAUUAUUAUUACAAAAACUGUGGAAAUAUUAAGAAAAACAAGAAAAAUGUUUUUAAAAAUGUGAAAAAUUAAAAUCCGAGAAAAAAAUAUGUUAAAAAAAAUAGUAAGAAAUCUUCAAAAAAUAAAAAGAACCCGUAUUUCAGUGCCUGAAAAGAGGCCAAAUUUAUGUUUGUUCCUGCGACAUUUUGCUACGAAAUGGAAACAAAUGAAAAUAUGGAAAAUAAAAUCUGAGAAAAAAUUUUAAAUCUGGAAAAUAUGAAAUCUAAAAUAUUAAUUUCUAAAAAAUGUUGUUUUUAGCGAAAUCAAAAAAUAAAUUUGAUUUAAAAACAAAAUUAAAAAGAAGCCAAAUUCGGGGUUUGAAAGGAACUCUCGCAAAUUCCUGGUUUUCAGACUUUUUACUGUGCAGUAGAACAUUCAAAUGUAUACUACUUAACAUUCGUGGGUACAAAAUUCUAACUUAUAUAACAUUAUUAAUAUUAAAAGAAACAAGAAAAUACUAAGAAUAGAAAUACAAAUAUUAGGGUUUUUGGUUUUGCAGCGUGUACUUAAUUACGUGUAUAAAUAUAAUUUCUUUGGUUGUUGGUUCUCAAAAUAUUUUUGAUUAUCACUACUAUAUUUACUGAUAAUAAUUGAAAAUUGCGUAUUAAUAUGAGAUAUUUUGUUUACGUUGCUAAAAAUUGUAGUAUGUAUUCAGGACUAUUAAACUGCCGUAUACCCGCGUAUCAUGGUAUUUUCACCGAGUAUUAUACGCUAAAUAAAAAACUAGUGAGUAUACGCCGCGAAUUCCCGUAUACCCCCCCCCCUCCACCAAUACACCACUAAUCACAAGGAACAUAUUAUAAUAAUAUAAUACCAAAGUUAUUUAUAUCCACAGGAGGUUUUUCUUUGUCUUAAGUAUUACGAUAUAUAGUGUGAAAAAUCAUCCUGCUGAUAUUUACAUGUUUUUAUUACAUUUUAAACUUUAAACUCUGAUCUUUGAUAAAAUGUGUACCAUAUAUUUGAAUAUAAUAUAUUUUAUUAUAGUUGUAAAUAUAUUUUGUAAAUGUUGUGUUUAGGUUAGAUUGUUGAAUAUUUUAUCCUAAUCACAUACAAUUUUACUAAUAACUAUUAUGAUGUUCCCUGAAAUAUUUUACAUAAUUCCGUAUUUUAUUUUUAAUUUCUAGACUGUAUAACGUUACCUACUUAAUUUUUAACACAUCACAUCCGUCGCAUAUUUCGUUACCAUGGUCACCAAUACCUAACAUUGUUGAUUUUAAUAAAAAAAAUUUAACCGUUUUAUUAUAAUCGGCUUUAAUACCCCACGCGCAUGACUACCCUUAUUUUAUUCACAUUAAAUUUAAUUUAAUCUUUUAUUAUUAUUUCGUACAGCAGUCAUGUGUGUAAAAAUCACGUGAGGUUAUCUACUGUAGUAAAAAUAAUUCUUAAAUCUUUUUACCCUUUCAGUAAUGCCAUUUUUAUGAAUAUUAUAUUGCAUUUCUUUUUUUUUAAUUACAACAUUCUAAUUAUCUAUUAGUAAUAUCAGUCACAUGGCCAAGGGGAGACCUGGAUGGGCCUGGCCCCCCUUACCUAUAAUCUGGCCCAGGGCUACCCUCCCCCAAAUUUAAAAUACAAUUAUUUUUUCUAAAUAACAAUACCGUGCUAGGGGCUAGGACUUAUAUACAUUGAAACAAAUCUAUUGUGAUUAGGUGAUAUUGUGUAACACAGUUAUUGAUAUGACUGCCAGGUCCGUAUUAAUAUCUACGGUGUCCGUAGACUGUAAGAAGUUUGGUGCCCCUGUUUGACUAGCCCUUUGUAAACAUAUUUUAUUAAUAUUUAAAAAUAUAUUGUACACAUUUUUUUUUUAUUUUUCAAUUAAUAAUCCAUCAUUACUCAACUUGCAUAAACUUACAUUAUUAGUUUAAUUCAAGAUAAUAUAGCAUUAAUUGUCGAUGUUGGCGUAAGACAAUAAUAAUAUUUAUCUCGUUUGCCAUUUACCAAUUACCCGCGAAUUUAAACGUGAAAUAUAUAGCUUUAGUUAUCUACCAAGGAAAUAAUCUACAAUACAAAAACCUAAUAUCUUAAAUUCUUAACCUUAUCCUUAAUUCUACUCGAUUAAAAAUAUCGCCAUUGCCGGAUACUAUGGUUUUGAUUACAUUGCACUACCAUUCAUUCAUGAUAUUUAUAGCUACUUAAGUGUUGAUUAUAUUGAAUGUAUUUUGCAGGACUAUUUAACAAAUGUAAUAACUUUUUUUCUAUUAAAUAUUUUUUAGGUUCUCAUAAAAUAUUAUUAUUGUCUUGGCAUUAUAAUUUAAAUAUUUAAUUUUAAUAUUUAGGAAUUCAAAAUAAAAAAACUGACUUCUUCGCACGAUGAAUGGGCCACUAUUGUAGUUGAGAAUUUCGGAUGGUAAAAGGGAAAUUGAAUGUAUAUAUGUACGCAACAAUUAAUCAUUGCUUACGAAAAACGAUUCUGAGCGGAGUUCGGUUAUACAUAUUUUGAAAGGCCGUAAUAUUUACGAUUUGAAAAUAAUACAUUUUGUAAAAAAAAUCAAAAAAAUUGAAAUAAUCAUUUUUCUAUAUACGUUAUUUAAAAAAAAAUUUAGUUUCAAAAAUUUUUACUAAGAUUGAGUCGAAUAUUUUUAAAGUUUUGUGAAAUAUGACACUUUUAUGUGCUUAAAUUUUCAAAUGUUUUUUUAAUGAAAUAAUGUACAAUUUGAUAAUAGUUUAUCAUAUUAGUUAAAGCUGUGAGUCUGAUAAAUGCUUAUUAUUUAUCGUUACAUUUUUUUUUAACAAAUUUUAAAAAUUUAAUAAUAAAUUGAAAUUGUUUACUUUUAGUUUUAAAGUAAUGAAAUAAAAAACUUAAAAAUGUUUAAUAGAAAAAAAAUUAUUACAUUUUUAUAUAGUCUUAUUACACUCUGUAUAAUACAACCAUCAGUUUUGUUCUUGGCCAUAUUAUCAUCCUAAUAUUGAAAACCCCUUAAAUUUAAUUCCACUACAGUGUGCUUCGAGGCGUUUAUAUAUUAUAUUAUACAUAUUCGUAAAAUCAAUUUAAUUUCAAAAACGCCAAAGGCGGAAUGUAUUACGUAGAUACUUUUUCAAUUCGAAAUUAUAUUGUAUUUUAUCUCCGCGUUUAAUUAGGUUUCUGCUCUCGAUUUUCUCAACACUAAAAUUAAAGGUUAAUCAAGCGUUUACUGAAGUUUUAUGAAAAUCCAUAAAUUCUUAAUCUUAUCUAGCGUACCUACUUAAUUCUGAAAAUCCUAUUGUUCAAAAUACGAUUGUGAAACUGCUGUAAUACUAAAGCAGACAAGCAGUGAUAGGAUUAAAACCGUUCUUAUAUUUCAAUAAUUUAAAAGAAAUAAAUGUGAAGACGGCAACCAGGUCGGUCGGUUCGAUAAAAGAGCUCGAAGAUCAUGAAAAAAAAAAAAAAAACAAAAUGUGAAUUUUAUAUUCACGCUGGAAUCUUAAUGUAUUAAAACUGUAAGCAAACGUCAACAAGAUUUUAAUAUUUUCAAAGCUUCAAUUACCUACGUAUUUUUCGUUUAUUUAUUUAUUUCUCCUCGCACAGCAAGUAAAAAUUGUAUAAAUAUAUUUAUCAAAUUUUCAAAACUAAACAUAUAUAUAAUAUUUAAAUACAAAAUUGUAUCUUUUAUACAAAUAAGUUUUUACCAGGCACUAAAACGAUAAAAACGUCAAAAUUAAAUGCCGAAAAGUGAUCAUACUCAAAAAAAUUCAAAAAAUUCGACCGUUCGAAUGCGACAAUGACGAGAGUCGAACCAGGUACCCUACAAAUCCUAACCUAUCGCACGAAGGCGAAAUAAGUACUCACCGGGCGUUAAACCAACGAAAACAGUACAGAUAACGGCGAAAAUUAUGCCUAACAACGAUCGUAUAAGUAUAAAUUAUAAGGUUUUAAUAACGUCUCUGAUCCGGAAAAAUGGGAGGGUGCCUAAUUACGGGUAAGCUUGUAAUAGACGAAAAACCUAAGGAAAUUAUCGCGAACGGAACGUUACAAUAAAGUGCUUAAUUAAUUUGAAUAUAAAAUUAUACAUUAUCUAUUAAUAUUAAAUAUUUAUAAACCUAACAUUAUUAAAUAUUUAAUUACAAACAUUUAAAAAUAUUUUCGUUAGACAAUAGAAUACAAUAAGUAUUUCUUUUCAAAACAAUAUAAAAUAUAUUUAAAUAUUUAUACAAGGAUAAUGUGUUUUAAAAUUUGGACAACAUUGAAUAAAUAUUUUUUUUUUAAAUCAUAAUUAAAUAUUUUCCAAAUGUUUAUCAUUGGAAAAUGGCGUAUGGGUCAUGUACGUAUCUUGAGCGUAUGCGGACACAAAUAUCACAAAUAUUUUUAUAUCAAACUCGUCUCAAAUAAAUAAAUAAUACAUUAUUUACAAAACCAAAUGCCACCGCUAUUUAACAAGCGCUAUGCGUAUUGUGCUUAAAAAUUGUAGAAAUCAAAUUGGUUCAACUAACCAAUUUCAUAUUAUGCUAAUGCAUACGUAGACAAAAUAUCUCUUUCGUAUAACCGCCAAAUCGUUGUUUCGAAAUGUGUGUUUAAAUAUAAAAUAGACACUUGUCAGUUAGGAUUACGAAAUUACCUUUUGAACGGAUAUAUAUUAUAUUAUAAUCUUCUCCCAAAACACGAAAUUAAAAUUACGGAUUGAUAACAGUUCAGCACUUAAGCGUACGUAUACGUGGCUUGCUCAGUUGGGAUGUGAAAAUCUACAAUUUUACCAGUAGGUACCUACUCGCCACAUACUAUGUUCACUGUCUACGAGUUUGAUUGAUGGGUUACAUUUAUGAGUGAUCUUGAUAUCGAUAUUAAAUCAAAUCAGAACUACUUAUUUAAAACAUUAUUUAAUCAUAAUGAAAUUAAACGCGUUUCAUAGAUAAUCACCGCAUGUAUAUACCGUAUAGAUCUAAUCAAUAUUGAAUAUUGAAUGCAUUAGUUCAAUACGUUUCAUUAAUUUUAUACAAAUAAAUGUAUUCAUUAUGCAUUUAUACAUUUAUGAGAUCGAUGAAGUCGUUUAAUUGUUUAACUAAAUGUCUCAUAUAAUAUUAUAUUUAUUUAAAACUUGAACAGUGUUCUAAUCGCAUAUCGUAUAUAAUAAAAUAAAAUAAUUUAGUGUCUACCGGUGAGUAAGAGUCGGUGCGUGAUUUUGCCGUGUCUUCGACAAAAAAAUCAAAUGAAAGAAUGAUGUACGUACGAGCAAAAAAAACAAAUUAUUAAUUUAAAUCAGACCUAGUGCAUACAUAUUAUUAUUGUACAUAUUUGAUAAAACUAUACGUUUUAGUAUUUUAAUUAGAACAUGGCACUACACAUAUUUAAGAUAUUGUAUUAUCUAAUAUAUUUUAUUAGAGUUUUGUUUGUUCACUACGACUACCUAGACGUUUAUUGAUCUUUUGAACUAGUAGCAGUGGUGUCAUUUGUAGAGGAGCAGGAAAGGCAUUUGCCCCCUCCCCCUAUCAUCAGUGGGCCUCUAUUGGACAGGAUAUGGAUUAAUUUUGGGCCACAAGCCUGCAAACCUAAUUCAUGAUUUAUGUUGCAUACGGCCACUCUAAGCUACAGUUUUUUUAAGAUUUAUUUAUGAUAAUAAUUGUGAUAAGUGUGAUAUUGCAUGCAAUAUUUUUUUUAUUGUACUUUUUAUGAACAUUAAUUAAACUGAAGCUGAAAUUGUCGGGUUCUCAUAAGAGUCCAUGUAAAAUUUGGAGAAUAUCUAUUCUUAUUAAAUUUCUUCUAUGAUUAUACUGAUGUCCAUGGUGACAUGGUUAUAUUUUUUGUAAAUACAUGAAUACUCCAUACAUAUGGGCACAAAUAGAACAUAAAUUAGGGGAAAAUUGAUGUCAAAUUAAAUCUUCAUAUAGUAACUAAUAGGUAAUAUAUUUAGGUAUCCAUCUACAUAUAUAUUUAUUAUUUAGUCAUUAUUUUCCCUCACGAAAAUGAGUUAUUUAUGCCUAUAUGAUGGUAAGUAUAAAAUGAUGUAAUAAGAAUAUUUAUAUAGAGAUAAAAAUAUAAUUGAUAUAAUUGUGACGGAUGAAUUAGCGAGCGGUUUUUUUUUUCAGUUUUAUUUCAAAUAAAUAGGGAGAGGUCAAAUUUUUUGCCCCCUCCUUUCAAAAAUUGAAAUGAUGUCACUGAUUAGUAGGCCAAAAAUGUAUAAAAAAUAUAAGAAGAUACUGCAGGACGAAUUUAAACGGUUUUACGAAUCGCUGAAUAGGUACUACUUAAGGUACUAAAAAUACUACGCCAAUAUUGGUGUAGGGCUUACAGUAAAAUAAGCGUUAUAGGUACAAAACGAUUUUCAAAUGUCGAGUGCCUAUAUUAUUUUGUUAUUGAUAUUAAGUCUAUGCUUAAUGAUUACAUAAUAUUUAAAAAUGUUGUUUUCAAUAUAAAAUCAAACAAAAUUUCAAAUAGUUAUAAAUAAUUUUUAAAAAAAAAACUCCAGAAUAUUUCGGGAAUUACAAAACGUCAAUAAAAUGCUAAUUUAAGUAUUCUGUGAAAAUCGCAAGUUAUCUACGAUUAAUUUUCACCGAAUUAUAAUAACAAUCAAAACGAAAUAAAAUUAAGUUCAACAAAAUUAACAAAAUUAUUAAAAAAAAAUAUUGGUUUUAACAGUUGCCCCGUAAAUAUUGUUCUUUCCAUUUCAGAGAAGUGAGAAAAAUACAAAGAAAAAAAAUUAUUUCCCCAAUGCAGCAACUGUACAAUCUUUGUUAUCAGAAACCACCCCCGAUGAUUGGGAAAACUCUUUUGACCGAAAGCUUGUUUAUAAAUUGAUUUUCUCUGCUUUUUAUUUGUUACUCUGUCUUAUUGUCUUUCCAGCCUUUCUCACGUUAUAAUUAUAAUUUAUAAACAAAAAAGGCAUAAUGAUAACAUACGAGUAUUCGUCGAAUCAUUUUGUUUAUCGUAUAUUGGUAACGAUGUAGUUUUAUUGAAACACAUGCUAGAAUAAUUUUUAUUUAUUUAAUGGCUCGUAAGUGCAUGUUCAUAUUGACAUACGUGUUGUUAAUAUACGUACGACUUAGGUCGAGUGUCUAUUGCGAUUAUUAAGAUCAAAUUUAGUAUCGUUCAAGAGCGGGGGUUUUCGGGAGCAGUGCCUAUCAUAUUUUUAUAUGUUAAUAUAAUACAUAGAACACGUUUUAUUAUUUAUCCCUUAUUUUACUGUAUUAUUAUUGCACGUCUUUGGAAAACAUGAAGAUAAACCCCAACCUUCGUAUACGUGUCGUAGGUAAUGACGGCAAAAUGUCGGAUUCGCUCAGAUGGUUCGCAUUCAUGUCGUAUGGUGUUGGACACGUGCUCAACGACUUGGUCGCGUCCAUGUGGUUCACGUACGCACUGGUCUUCUACCACUACGUCAUGCAAUUGUCCAGCAUUAACGCCGGGGCGGUGGUGCUCGUCGGUCAGCUGACGGACGCGGUAGCCACGGCUGCCAUCGGCGUGCUGUCAGACAACGUCAACAUCUACUGCACCGAUCGAUACGGCCGCCGAAAGACGUGGCAUUUGUUUGGUAAGACCCAUCGAGCUUUUUGAUGUUUUUCGAGUUUACCCAGAUACGUCCAGAAUUUGAGGUAGCAAACUGAAGUUUAGAGCAAAAGAUGAUUGUAGUGGUAAUGAGAAUGCUCAGAUGAUGUGAACUUCCUGUAGAGUCACUGUAGAGAGGAUAGAACAAGGAAUGAGUUUGCUAUAACAUAUUAUGCGGUGUUUCGAUGGUAGUCGAUAAAACAAAAAAAAAAGAGGUUUUCCCAUACGAUUUCGUUUUGAGGACGAGUUGUGUUAAUAUUGCAAUAUAAUAAAUAGAGAUACAUAUAUCAAUAUUGAAAUUUCGUUAUUAUUUCAGGUAGUGUUUUGGUGUUCAUCAGUCUUCCAUUUGCGUUUUCGCCACCCGUACUGCCACAAGUCGAAGGCUCAGAGUUGAACACCGCUCUUUACUAUUGUUUCUUCAUCGUUUUCUUCCAGAUCGGUUGGGCUUCCAUCGAAAAUUCGCACAUGACUCUCGCCUCGGACCUGACGCCCUUAAGAGAUGAACGAACGGCACUACUGUCUAUAAGGUACGUUGUUUUUGUUUAUUGCGAAUUAAUUCGUUACGAGCAAUACUUACACAUUACAGGUAUAGUUUCACCGUAUUUGCCAACAUUCUGGUGUACAUAGUCACUUGGGUGGUGCUCAGGAGCAACGACGCUAAUAAGACCCAGUUCGGACCUUUGGAGAGAAAAGAAUUUCAAGUAUAUAUGUUAUUUAUUUUGCAUUUAUUUACUUGUGCCAUUUAUUUAUUUAUUUUACAACGCUGUUAUCCCCAGGAACGCUUGCGAAUAGUUUCAUGUUCCUCUUCUUCUAUUCCACAUCAUAAGUGCAGCCACCUACUCAUCUAAUUCUCUCCCUUCACAUCUGUCUAUCUAUUACUAAUUAUUAAUCUACUCAAACACAUUCACUCAUAAUGUUAUAUCUUUUUAUUAUCUCUAGGCACUUUUUUUUGGUUGUUACCUCGUGUAUUAAUUCAUUAUUAUAAAUAUACGUGUAUUAUAUAUAACGUGCAGUGUUCUGUGGCCACAGAUAGUUAUAUUGGUGAUUAUGAUUGUUGGAGCCAUGACGACGAUAAUAUUUCACAUCGGCGUACGUGAACCACUGGCCAACAACCGCAUGAACCGGGAACUCCUAAUGACUGAGACCGAGGCUGAACGAGCUGCCAACAGGUUUUGCUCUAUAUUUAAACGAUUCACUCUAUACCAAACCGCCGUCGUAUACAUGUGCUCCCGGAUCACGGUCAACAUGACCCUGGUGAGUAUAUAAGAGAAGGCUUUGGCGUAAGUGUAAUAUCGGAGAUGCAAAAAGUAAAGGUGACUUUAGUGAUGAUAAAAAGGCUAGGUACCUAUAUCGUUUUGCGCAAUGUCAUUAAAAAUAAAUCACAAUGAUUGAUACAUUAUUAUGUAUAGUUAGACUAAAUAAUUCAACUAUUUGGCACUUCGAGAAGUUUUAUGUAUUUGCGAAAUUAGUAUGAAAAAAACUUAAACAAAUUAUCCUUUUUGCAUCCGCCCGAAAUUUUACAAAUUGUGGUACCUACCUAUGUAUACCGAUAGUAACGACGAGAAUAAUCGCCACAGGUGUUUUUGCCAAUGUACCUGCAAGACUACUUAAAGUUAACAGCUGAAAAAUUAGCGCUAUUACCACUCAUAAUGUUCCUGAGCAGCUUCGGUAUGUCGUUCCUCAACAAACCAAUGAACAUGAAAUUCGGCAGAAAGGUAUACUUUUACUUUAAAAAUAAUGUGACUCAUUGCAUAUUAUAUAUUUUACAUGUGUGUCGGCGGGUUCCGUUUAACGUGCUAAGUUAACUUUCUUGGUGAACUUUUUCCCCCGUAUGAUAAUUUUUUUUGUUUUUGUAUUUCAUUUCUUUUGUAAUUUUUAAAGGGACAUUUUUUCUGAAAAUAUUUGUGUAGGUGUUAGGCACGUACACCCUACACACAUACACUUAUAGCCUACAUUUCAGGCAAUGCGGUAUUAGGUAAUUGUGGAGCAGUAUAAGCCGUUUAUUAUUUAUAUAAUUUAUGUUGUGUACAAUAUUAUAUUCUGUGUCCGAAAGCAAUGUGACAAAUAGUGAAAUAUUUAUUACUGCACUAUAACGUAUUCUACUUUUUUUUUUUUAUAAACGCUCGUAAAUCAUAAAUUGCAAGUUUGAUAUUCGAUAUAACAUCUAUUACAUGUAGCGGUCUGUGUAUGUGUGUGUGUGUGUGUGUACGUGUGUAUGAAGUGAAUCAAAAAAGGGCGUAUCCCACACUUUUUUUCUAGACCACUACCUAUUGUAUUGUUUCGUGCUAUAUAUUAUAUUUAUUUAACUUCCGGGAAACGCGAAACAUCAAUGCUUUCAAACGAUUAAUAAACAACUACAUAUUAUUUUAUUAUGAACGAGUGUUUUAUGGUUUUCUACUAAAUUUGUUCCACUGGAAUAUUAUGAAAGGCUAUCGGGUGACUUUUGAUGUGGGGAGGGGCUUAUCACCCCCCCCCCCUCAAUCUCGCUUAAAAAAAUUAAAAUUUGUUUCAUCGGGACACAAUAAUUAAUUAUAAAUAGUGGCUAUAGUUUUUUUAAAACUACACUAAACGAUGUAAAAUCGAAGAAUGAUUGAAGCGCACGUUAAACGAAGUACUUACCAUUUCAAAAUACCACUCUAUAUAGUAUAUGUGUACCGUAUAUCUGUAAUAAUGACUUUAUACUAAACAUCGUCGUUUACUUGCAGUACACCUAUUCGUUCGGCGUAAUAUUAUCACUGGGAUCGGCGUUUUGGUGUUACAAUGGCAGCGGUUAUUCGUACGCCAACUAUCAGAUUUACGCAGUCACCGUAAUUAUAGGUAGGCACACGUCUUAACAGGCAAUAAUAUAAUUAUAUUAUGAAUUAUUUACGAAAAACGAUCUGCAGUUUAUACUAUGACAGCCGAAUAAUCAUUUCUUUUUCUCCUCUCCCCGUUUUGCAGGUAUAGCGUGUUCGGUCGUGUUGGUCACCAGUCAGGCGCUGACCACCGACUUUAUCGGCGACAAAACCCACCGGGGUGCGUUCACGUUCGGACUGAUGAGCUUCACGGACAAGGUGUGCAACGGAGCCGUAGUCAUGGCAGUGCAGUCCCUGUAAGUUGUUGCCGAUUAUUUUACGGCAUAAUACCAUACCACCUAUAGGUACAUAAUACACAUUGCCGGAUUUUCCGAAUCGGAACGCUGAGAAAUACAUCAACUCCCUAAAUCAUAUUAUUAUACAUUCGAUAUUCUAAGAUCAAAACUAUAACGAGGACAUAUUCGUUGUUAAAGUUACGAAUUUUCAAACGUAUACGAAACAGCUAAGGGGUUUUAAUUUUGAUGAAGAAUUGAGCAAGUUUUAUUAUUACCCCUGUCCGAUAAUCACACGAACGUCUAUGUUUUGUUCCUCUUUAAAAAAUGUUUACAUUUAUCUUAUAAUACAUGAAGUAUGAUUUUUUACACUUAUAGUAACAUCAGCUGUCAACACCGUAUGUCCGUUAUUGGUCCGCGUUAUAAUCACCGUAAUAAAAUGUAUCAGAAAUCAUUUUUUCAAAAAUUAUAUAGUUUUUAUUCACGUCAUUUCAAUACAUGUAUAAGUAUAACUGAACUUUGCUCAGAAUGAUUUUUCAUUAUCAAUAGUUUAUCGUUGCAUACAGAUCUGAAUUUAAUAACUUAAUUUAACCUACCUUCCCAAAUUCCAACUUUCCAUUUACAACAGUGGAACACUCGUCCACAAUAUCCACCAUAUUAACUUAAUGUAAAUAAUACAUAUUUAUAAAUACUUUAUAUUAAUAACAAUAAAGUAUUAAGUAUCAAGUAUCAGUUGACAAUAAUUCAUAUUUUUAACCUAGGGGUAUCACCACCCAAUUGGUCAUGAAAUACCCUAUCACGUCGCCACUUCACACAAUUAUUUAUCCGGAAAAAUAUGUCUAAUUCGUAGGGUAUCCUCGAAAAUAUUUGAUUUUAAAUAGUAAGGAUUUAUAAUAUAUUAUCUGCGAUUCGUUUUUCCAUAAUGUGUAAUAAUUUUACAUUCAACUUAAUAACAGAAAUAUUUUCCGAAAUAUAAAAACCAAUUUUGCUAUAAUAUUUGAUAAAGUAACAAAUGUCUGAAAUAAUUCUACUUUAUACUGUGAUUCUUGAGUAUCGUGGAAUCUAAAAUUCACAGAAAACAAUUUAUUUGAUCCAUCAAAAUUGUGACAUAAAUUAAGCUUAGGCAAUAUUUUAAACCAAUUUUCCUAUUCAAAUUUGGUGAUAAAUGAUAGUUACGAUUUCAGUUUCUACAUCAUUAAUUUGCAUAAGUCCUAACUUCAUCAUAACUUUUUUAACUCUAUACAUGCUGAUACAUUAAAUUAAAAAUUUGAAUGCAAUUUGUUGUAUCUAAAAAUACGAGGUAAGUUACUAUUUAUAUCAUAAAUAUUUUCGAAAUUCAACACAAUUCUCUUCAAUUUCUUGUACAAACACUUUUAAUUUUUUGAAAAUCCAAGAGGUGAAACGACGAGGCGUGGCCCUCAUUUAAGUGCCUAUUGGAAAGAUAUUUCAAAAUGAGUACCUAUCUAGAAUCUAGAUAAGCACUAGAUACCCAUUGAUUGCAAUAUCACAAUACAAGACAGCUACUCGAUACCUACCUACUUUCCAAAAUUUUAUUACAAUGCAAGAUCCUACUUGUAUGAUUGUGUUUAAGAUAUGUAGAUAUUGGUAUUUAAAUUACUGCCUUAUUCCUUUGAAUAACCCUACUAAUAGACUAUAAAUAGGUAGGUAAUUUAAAGGGUUGGAUCGGUUGAAUUCCAGUAAAAUAUAGUUAUCCUACAUGAACAAUAUCUAACUACUUAAUAAUAUAUACAAAAUGAUUAUGAUUAUAAUUUAUUAUUAUUAUAUACCUCUAUAUAUAUUUAUUAAUCACUAACACUUUUAAUAGACAUUGUGAGGGAUGUUUAAGUUACUAUCGUGACAUCAUGGUCUACAAUUGGACGAUUCCAUCUUGUUUGGCAUUUAUUGCAGUUAUUAGUUUGCCCUACGGUGGACGAUCAAGUAUACAGUGUACGUAAUUAUUAUAAUUUUGACUUAAAUUACAAUAUAUAACUAAUAAUCUAACAAACCAUUUAUUUGUUACCUAUUUAGCCAACAUCUCAGAACCACAAUCAAACGACACUACUGAUCAAACAAUUAUUAGAAACCCAGUUGAAAAGGGACAAGAAGUCCUACCCAGUAAUACAGUAAACUCAUGACAAUAAAUAAUUAAUCUAGUAACUAAAAUUAUAAAUACAAAACGAUUAAUUAGCAUGUACAAUAAAAAAUAAUUUUUUUUUUUUAAAUUGCAAAGUACCCAACAACUAUUUAUUAGUUGAUUUUAAAAUUUGUCAUUGAGUUUUAUAAACCUAUACAUUUUAUUUAGUUACAUUUUAUUUAGUUACAUUUUAUUUAGUGACAAUAAACAUUUAAAUCAAAAUAAGAACUUUGACUAGGUAUAAGUAUAUAAAUUGUUGUAUUAUUCAAUUUUUUAAAUUUGUGUUGAAUAUUAAUAGUUGUGCACACAGGGAAGGGGGUUAGGGAACAGAACGCCCUACUCUCGAAAUGUAUUAUUAAAUUUUUUAAAUCGAGUUUUACAUUCAGCAGCAUAAUAUCUUAUACCAUUGAGUACAAUUUAAUUUAAUUUCAUCAAAAAUAAUUUAUUCGGUAAUAAUUGUGAUUGUACUCUGCUGAUAGUAUAUACUAUCUCCUUUCUAGAAAAUUAUUAUAAGCUUAACUCCCCUCCCCCUGAAAACAAUCCUGUGUACACAACUGAAUAUUAAUGAGGAUGACUAAAUAACUAUCUAUACCAUAGGUAUUUGAUGUAGGUGAAAAAAUAAUAUUUAAUAAAAUGACUAUGUGAUAAUAAUUGUACCGAAAUAAUAUUCUUCUU